AUCUGAGAAGGAAAAACUAUUGCGUGGUGCAAGGUCUCCUCUUAUUGUUCUGCAAAUACAGGCAACUACUCCUAAAAAUACACAAACAUGUUUGAAGGUAAGCAGAUUUCAUUAUUCCAUAUCACAAAGAAAUGCAAAUGCAAAAGAAAAAGAACGCAGUGAAUAUAGUCAUCAAAUUUAAAUCUAAUUUUAUUUAUUUCUAAAUUUACAAUUGAAAUGCAGUUUUCUUUCUGACACUUUGACUAGCAUAAAAAAAUUAUUAAAAAUUAUUCUUUUUAAAAUUCUUAAACCAUUACUACAAUGUCAUAGGCUAUCGUAUAAACUGACGUAACAUUGCGAUAAAUAACGCUUAGUCGAAAUUGCUGGACAUUUUCUGCAUAGAGAUGAUCACAUGAGAAUUAUAAUUCUGGACUUUUUUUUCGAAAUUUGGUUUUCAGUUGACCACAGUUCACAAAUGUAGUUUUUUUGUGUUGCCAUUUGCCUGUGUGUUAACUUAAUCUACAAAAUAAUAAUAAUGAAAAAAAAUAGAAACAAAGUAAAAUGUAUUUUUAUUCUCAUUUUUUUCUCCAGAAAAGAGUAGAGAUAAAGUAGAAUUAAUCUGAAGUGGAAUUAUUUCAAAUUCAGGCAUUUGCUUACGUCUUUUGUAGUUUUUCCACAACUUUAUGUUAAGUGUCUAGUUAUUUAUAAACAAAAUAAAAAAGCCACUAGUGAAGAUUUUAAUAGAUUCCUAACAUUUUGUACUAGGAAUACACAAUGGCCAAUAGCAAAAAUAUAAACAUGCAUUUAUCUAAUUUCUGUGUUUUUUCCUGUAGCACUUUAAAACACGAGACAAAAAUAUAUAGAUAUUUUGAAUGUUAUCAACGUUCCCAUACUGUUGAUGAGCUACGCAAUAGAGCGAACACCUGUGUUCUCAUGACAUAGUUUUCUCUUUUUAAUAUUCACGUCUCUAUUAAAAGCACCCUAGAGAGAAAUGGAGCAUCCUGUGAUAAAAGGUAAUGCUUAUACGCAUAAGGAAACAGAUGUAAAGGGCAACUACCAGCACUAAAUGAACAAAUGCAUAACACAUUUCUUCAUAGCUGGUCAGAUAUCUCAUCUGAUUACUUUAUCAGGUCUAGUAUGGUGACAAAAUUGGACUCGGUCAAACCAUUUUCCCCGAAAACAGAAUUUUUUUUUUGUGACGCUUGAAUUUCAUCCAAAUAACAGUUUGGCUUGGCAGAAUUUUGGUACCAAAAACUGAUUUGGGUAUUGAAUCAGGGGUACCAUUAUGUAUAUAUAUAUAUAUAUACAUUGUAUAUGUAUACAUUUUGCAGUAACAUAGCAUUUUCUUGCCAUUUGUUUCAAAGAUCAAGUGAGAAAAAGCAAACAAUAGAAAUCAGGAGGAGCAGUAAAAUAAAUAAAUCCAUGUUUACAAUAUAUUUGUUAAAUAAUUUUUUGCCUUCUUUUGGAUCAACAGAAAAAAGUCAAAUGUGAGAAAGGCUGCACUGGUCCAUGAUGGACACAUGCCUCUUUUCAGCUAUGUAACUAUGUAAAUACAAAUAUAUAUUUGUUUAAUGCUCCUCCUUUUUCUCAUCUAUUGCUUACUUCUCACUUGAUCUGGGAAUCUAGCCAGCAAUAUUCUUCUUUUUUCCCAUCUAUUAUUUCUUUUUUUCGAAACAGAGAUGCUUGACUUGGAGUUCAGGAAUUUCACCUAUUGCCCGAUUGCUCGAAAUUCUGAAGUAUUGCAGUUCAGAUUGAAAGGAAUCUCCUAGUUUAGAUAGAAAUGUGUUGAAAUAUCAUUUCCCAGCAGGGUCAGCACAGCCUUUCAUCCAUAAGUAAAUAAAGUUAUUAUUUUUGCAUUGGGUAAUAAUAACCACCAAACUCUACGUCGGAGAGAGAGAUUUCUAAAUGUGUCCCUGCUGUUUGGUGUGCUUGUGCUGUCUAUUUUAAUUUCAGAUAAGGGUUUACGGAUACAUUUUUAUCACACCACUGAUCAUAAUUAAAAUUAACUUAAAUAUUGUAGGCAACAGAGAACAAUAUACAUUGAAAUGUAUUACUUUAAUUUAACAGACCCAGUUCUUAAUUUUUAUUGAAAAAUCCAGUAUUAUUUUGUAUGUUUUUGAACUUUUAGUUUGAGCAUCAGAAGAUCAGGACUAUCUCCAAACUACUAAUUCACUGAAAAAGGACAACAGAUUAUAGUUGUAUUGUUGACUGAACAGCUAAUAUCUACAAUUUAAAAUUUUAGAAUAUGUGAUAAACAAAUCCAAUCAUAUAAUUUUUUUGUAUACCUAUACUUUUCUGUAAAGUCACUAUACUAUUAGAAGUCAAGUUCCACAUCAUUUCAUGUAGUUGCUCAAAUAGAUGUUUUCAUCCCAAAAUAGCAAACAUAAGUUAUUUAUAGCAUCUCAGAGAAAGACAUUUACCCAGUAUUUAGUACUAAAUUGUAAUUUCAGAUUUCAGGUAAGCAAAUAUAUAUGCUUUGCACCUUUUUGUGAGAAAAGUAAAUAUUAGACACAAAAUUGAUUACUUAUAAGAAACACCUUGAUGGUUUUUACCAGCACCUUUUCAGAAUUACAUUUAAAAUAAUAAAUAAUAAAGUAAGCUUAAUAUGGGAUGCAUACCAUUAAACUGAAUUCAAGUAUAGAUUACUUUUCGUUACCUUCAAAUUCUUAAAAUAUAGGAAUUUUAGGAACUUUAUUUAUGUAUUUAUUUAUUUUAUCCUUUUCAGAAAUCUUCGGAAGGUUUAAUCACAAAGUGAUAUUUAUUACUCUUUAUAUGGUACCCCUUCAUCUUAACGUUGUUCAUGUAAGGUCUGAAAAAUCAGACUAGAAGCAUGAGUACCAUUAAUGUAACUGGAUUCUGAGAAUGCCAAUUGUUCUUUAUAUACUCAAAACAUUUUUAUAAGGUGAAUACAGUUGCCUUGCUACAUCAGUUAAUAUGUACUCUUGGUAGUGGUUCUAUUAAAAUGAAAAGUUUACUGUUACAGUAUAAUGAUUAAAAACAACAUCAAAUAACUUCCUAAUGGUGCAUUAUACCUUCUACAGCAGCUCUCAAAUUAUUGGCAUCUCCCUUAACUGGUAGAUUCCAUAACACUCCUGUACUCAUAGCUUUUAUUUCCUAGUCUAAAAAGUACAUUAUCCCAAGUAUAGAUUACAUUCUAAUUUAUACCAAUAGAUUGGAGUUUGUCUGUCUGUGCUAAAAACACAAACAUGCACGCUCGCACACACACAAAUGUGCACACACACGCAUCUCCUGCCUGAGCUCCUGUAAAAGAAGUAGCAGAUACAUUUUUUUAAUUGUUCCUCCUUUUUUUCCACUCUGUUGGUCACGUCUCACAUGAUCUGUGAAUAAAAUAAGCUGUUUCAAUUAUCUUAUUUGCCAUCAAUCAUUUCAUUUUUUGUUGCCACGGAACUCUGAAUCAAACAAACAUGGUUGACCAUUUGUUUAGCUAUACGUUUGUUGAUGCAUUUUCAGUUAUAUGUCCAUAUGGCAUCGUAGUUAAAAAAAUUGAAUGACCAUUCGGCCUAAGUUUGGAUGAAUUGCUGGAAAUAAAUGCACAAGGCUACUUAAAGUAACACUAUAUUGUUAGAAAUACUAAUGUGUAUUUCUAAUGCAAAAGUGCCCUGGUUGCACUAGGGUCCCUAGUCCCCAGUGCCCACCGGUAGAGUAAAAAAGGUCUUUUGGUGACCUUUUUUCCCUUGCAGCACUGGCCUUUGUGCUGCUGUACUGCCUACUUGGCAACCCCCCUCCCCCUGCACGCCAUUGAGAUGGUCCCUAUGAGAUUAUAUAAUAUCAGUUAAAGUUAUACUCACUUAUUUCUGUGGAAGCACCUCUAGUGGCUGCCUGAGUGAGAAUCUUUUGUGUAUCUGUGCCAUAGAUACCAAUAUGACAUGAAAGAACUUGAUCUAUCCAAUCGUUGAUAAAGUGUUACCUAAUAUUGUGAGCUUUCAGCUCAUAUACAAUAUAAGUUUUAGCAGUACCUCAUAGAGUAGACUUAAGACACAGAGCUGUUAUAAGAAUAUGAUUAAUGUGCAGUGUUUACCUGUGUGGAAAAUGAUCGUAUUUUCAAGCUUAUGUGACAUAGUAAAUCCUGUUUCUUUUAAAAUCAAUUAAUUCACAUCUCUUUAAGUCUUUCACACUUCUUUUCAAGUUUCUCACAUGAACACCAAAUCUGGUUCAUUGGCCCAGGUUAGUUUGUGAAUCUCAAUUAGUCUGUAGAAUGUAUUGCUUUCAUAGUGGCUAAUUUAACUGCUACUUUAUACAUAUAUGAACAUAUUUACUGUGUAGUUUGUGUUGGCUGCAUGUUGAGUGAUUCCCCUAUGCAUUACAAAAAGACUUUUUGUUGUUUGUCCAUAAGGUCCAUACCUAUCUGUUGCUCGCUUUAUACUGUGAAAGGACAUCUCUUAAAUGGGCUAGAUUUUUUUUUAAACAAAUUGUAAUAUGUUGAUAUUUGUAGUUUUCUUAACCCAUACAUAUUUGUUGAGACAUGCAAGGCUAUUAAUAAAUUGUGGAAUGCAGGAAUUUCAAAUAAAAAAUAAAAAUUAAAAUAUUUAGUCAGUUCUGUUUUUAAUUGUGCUAUUUUGGUCUUAAAUGUGAAAUUUACUGUGAAUUCCCAGCCAUUCUCAAUUUAUUGAAUAACCUCGAUGGUGUAUUUGUUAUACUUAUUUGGAUCAGAAAUGUGUGAAAAAGAUUUUUGCAAAAAGUAUGAGGUACUUCUGGAGGUAACUGGCUAAUAAAUACACUGAAGGUAAGAUAUGAUUGUUUUGUAAUUAUGCAAAAUUACAUCCAACUCUCUCCUGGUAAAAAUCAGGCAUAGUAGAGAGGCAUUUAGCCAAGGAAUUGCAUUUAAGUAUGAGAUUAUUUUAUUUUAUUUUAUAAGAUUAGAAUUACUUAUAAGAUUAGGGGGUUUGAAUACAGGUCUUGAUUUAAUUCUGUUGGAAAAGCUUUUCAAAUGAUUUGAUAGUUUUGGAUUUUAACUUUUACAUUUUAUUUUUAAUAACAUUUUAAAUAAUAUAUUAUAUAUGAAAAAUAUAUCAAUUCAUCAACCAAUAUCAACAAAAUAAAAUAUUUUAACAACAUUAAAGGAACACUAUAGGGUCAAGAAAACAAACAAUUAGACCGUAAGCUCGUUUGAGCAGGGUCCUCUUCAACCUAUCAUUCCUGUAAGUUUUCUUGUAAUUGUUCUAUUUAUAGUUACAUCCCCCCUCUCAUAAUAUUGUAAAGCGCUACAGAAUCUGUUGGCGCAAUAUAAAUGGCAAUAAUAAUAAUAAUAAUAAUAAUAAUAAUAUUCCUCACCCUAUAGUGUUAAAACCACCAUUUUGGUGACUUGCCUCAACUUUCCCUACAUUAAAGGUAGGGCCCCACCCCCGAUUUGCCUCUUUGCUGAUGCCAUGAGAUUUUGUGAUUUGUGCCAAUCCAGUGCUUUCCCAUAUGGAAAGCAUCAGAUUGGCUGAAAUCAGCAAGGAGGGGGGACGGGUCAACACUGUCUUGGCCAAUCAGCACCUCCUCAUAGAGAUGCAUUGAAUAAAUGCAUAUCUAUGAGAAAAGUUCCGCGUCUCCAUGCAGAGUGUGGAGGUGCUGAAUGGAAGUGCUACACACUGUGCACACUGUGCAGCACUGCCCCAGUAAGCACCUCUAGUGGCCAUCUGAGGAGUGGCCACUAAAGGUGUUCCUAGGGGCCUAUGUAAACACUGCAUUUUCUCUGAAAAGACCGUGUUUGCAUGAAAAAGGGAAUGAUUAUACUCACCAGAUCAAUUACAUAAAACUGUAGUUGUACUGGUGAAUAUAGUGUCCCUUUAAACCAUUUGAAAAUUUUAUCUAAUAUAUUAAAUCAUUUGAGAAGUUUAUCCAACAAUAUUAAAUAGAGACCACAGUUUUAAUCUGCCUUUGUCCCAUUUAAGCAGCAGCAAUUUUGUCAAGAGUAGUGCUUCAGAGAUAUCUGGGAAGAAAUCUAACAGUAUGUAGCAUAAAUUCCGAAGGGAGAGUGAACCUAUGAACCAAUCUUCCAAUUGUGGCUGAGUGAAGGGAAAACAAGUAGGUUUAUUUCAUGUCAUUGUUGUUUGUUACAGUACCCUGCCUUUGGUGAGAGGGUAUCACCUUUCUCAGUAUGCAUCCUACCCUUUCCCUUUUCUACCAUGAAACAAUGUGACAUGGCAGCAUGACAUAGACCUGGUGUGCAGUAAUCUACUUUUUUAUGUCUAUUGCUUUACAGGGAUGUGGGUUUCAAAUUUAAGGUCAAAAUAGCCAAACCAACUAUGCUUCCACAUCAGCUACUCUGGCCUUAAACUUGACUUUCACUUAGAAUUGUUUGACUUUCUAUCCCAAACAUAAAACUAGUAGAACACUAGAAAAUGGAAUGCUUUAGAGGGAAAAUAAGAUGUAAAUAUUAAUACAUGGAAUAUGAUUAAUACUAUUAUUUAAAAAAAGUUUUAAAAGUAAUAAAAAAGGAAAAAGAUCAUCAAAGCCAAUAAUUCACACCAGAAAAAUCCAAGAAAAAAAUCCAAGAAAGGAAAAGAUUAAUCAAUAAUUAAUCAGUUGUUAUUUGCUGAAUUUCUACCAGUUUUGGAAUUUAUUGUAGCAUAACCUUUUAUAACUGUAUAAUGCAUACACAACCUCAACAAAUCCAUAUAUCAUAACAUAUAAUUUCCAUUAUCUUUGGUUAAAUCAUUUAAAAGUAUGAAUAUUGAAUAUUUAAUACAUUUUCUAUUAUUUAUUCAUACAGGAUGUGUACAUGUUUCGGUACCACUUAUAAUCUUCUGCGUUGCUUUCAUAUUAUCUGUAACAUGCAACCUUGUAUUCUGCAUCAUGAAAUUUAAAAAGGGUAAGUAAUGUCUUUUAAAAUUACCGCAGUUUUCAAUUUGUAUUAAGUGUUUAUCUAAGUAACUUAGUAACUCAGUAAUUAUAUGCACAGUGCUUUAGACACAAUAGGGGGUAAUUCACAACAUUUCUGCUUUGCAACAGAACAUUCAAUAACAAUCUGGAGCAAUUGUAUAGAAAAAGAUUACCUAAACGGUGACUAGGGCCCCGUUCCAUGGCGGUGACAAGGGCCCCGUUACCUUCAUUCAGCACCGGGCUCCCUCGGCAGUGGACACCUCUCCUCUUUCAUCGACUUCAGCGCAUUCAAACCGGCCCAUAGGAAAGCUUUACUGAAUGCUUUCCUAUGGGGAUCUUUUUUGACGUUGAAAGUUCGUGAUUUACGCCAUGCAAAUGUCCAACAACUUAUUUGAACUCUUGUGCUUGAUACAUAAAGUUAUAAUAAAAUAAUGUAUAAUUUAUAUAGUUAAAAUAAUGAAUUAUAUAAUUAUUAUUUUUUUCAGGUAAAAAAAUAAAAUACCAUAAUCAAUGCACCAUAAGGUAUGUGUUUCACUCAUAUACAAUUGUGUGAUUUGUACAUUUAACACAUGUUGUGUACUAAUGUAAUUCUAUUAAUUAUAUACAAUAUACAUAACAAGCAUAAGUAUUGCUUUCAAUUCCACCUGUGCAAUUUAUUCACACUUAUGUAGUGAAUUGAAAAUCAUAUUGCAAAAUUUAAGCAUACAUUUUUUGAUAUCGAAAAAAUCUCCAACACUGCUGUACUCACACUUUGGCUGUUUAAUCCAUUUUUUUAAUUUUUUUUUAUCAUUUUGUUUUCGUUUCUAUACAGUCUGGUUCUCAGUGAAUAAACUCCUCUGGAUUUGUUUUGAGAAUAAAACCCAAAUCAUAAAAAAAACUCCUUAACUUCUAUCAUGUACCCACAAAUAUCCAUGCUCUCUGCUCCCUAUUGAUUUGAUAUUUUACAGAAUUAAAUUUUUUGAUAUAUUGCUACUAGAUUCUAUUUUUUUUUUACUAAUGUAUUUUGGAGUUUAGGUAUACCAUUCCUAUGUAUUCCCUUCAAUGAAAAUCUAUGAGCAUAAAAUGAAUUUCAUGCUAUAUUUUUUUUAUUUUAUUUCCUGGUUAUUGUUUUGAAUAUUUGUAUUGUUUUCACAAUAUAAACGCAUAUAUCAAACUGAUUAGUGGUAGAGCAAGUAGUUGCCACGCAGGGGCAUAUGCAUCUGUAUAUAAAGGUGUAAGCAUUUUAUCGCCUACGCAGAGGCGCAUUUGUCAUAGCCUGUAUAACAUAACCUAUUGGUUCAUAGUCGGUUGCAGAGGCUUGAUUAUAGUUAUGCGUGUGAUUAAGCUUUAUAGUGCCUUUGCAGAGGCUUAACAUUUCAGCCUCAGGUGUCUCAACUGCAAGUCUCGCCUUUGUGUGUUUGUGUUUUCAUUUAGUUCUUUCGUUCCGCACGUAUAGUGUCGUGUUCUGGUGGUUUCGCGCGUCUAUGCGUCAGUUAUCCUAUCUUUGGGUAUCUGGGUCUCGCUAAAUGGGUUAGAGUUGGUGGUGUGGGUGUGUGGUGUGUUUAGUGUUUUGGUUCGUCAUCUUUGUUUAUUCGUCUAUGAUGGGUUGCUUCUGUUGCGUGUUUUUUGUGUUUAUUGUGUGGGUCCGUGUGUGUACCUGUGGUGCGGAGUCCAUCUCUGUAAGGUGGUGCAUUUUGUUUGUGUGUGUGUGGUGAUUGUUCAAGGUGUCGUGUGUGUUGUUGUGCUUUUCUCUGUUCUGCCUUGUCUCAGUUUGGUGGUACAGUGAUGUGUGCGCUGUCGUCGGUUUGUCCCUGGGUUGAUUGUGGCCUGGUGUUGUGUAGUGUUGUUUAUGGGUGUAUCUUUCUUGUUGUGUUUCCAGACAUCGUUGUUUUGAGGUGGCUUCCGUACCUGGUGGGUGUGUUUGCGGUGUGUGCAUGGCCCCUCAGUCCAUUGCAGUGCCUGUGGUUGUUUGUUAGGAUGUGUUAGUGUGGGUGAGUGGGUGGGGGGUGCUGGGUGGAGGUGGUGGAAGGGGGUGGUCAGUUUUGCCCUCUGCCGUUGCCCCGGCUUGCCGUGCCCCGCUGUCUCUCGUUUGAUCUACCAGUUCUGAGGUCCUGUCUUUCCUCGUCACUGGUUACUGUGUGGUGAGUCGGUGUUGAAAGGUGUUUGAUGUGGUCAGUCGUAUCCAGUGGAACCACCGUUUGGUGUAUCGGUCCCUGUGUUGUGGGGUGUUUGCCUUCAAGUCCUCGAAUUUCCUCGUCGCUUCUACCUCUUCCUACCAACGGGCCAUCGGGGGGGGGGGUGUGGUGGUCUGCUUCCAAUAGAUAGAGAUGGUGGCCUUGGCCGCAUUUAGAGUCGCGGGUAUACGUCUGUGUAGUCAUAGUGGUAUAGUGGAGGAGGAAGGUGGCCGUGGACCGUGGUAAAAGUUUGUCUGUCACUUCAUGUAUGAUGCCCCGUAUCGCGUCCCAGAAGGGUUGGACACGUGAGCAUGUCCACCAGACGUGUAUAAACAUGCCCGCCUCCUCCCCGCAUCUCCAGCACGUGUCUUGGAAUUCUGAGUUUCUGGUAUAUAGUGCUGUUGGUGUCAAGUACCAUAAGUAUCUUGUAUAAGUUUUCUUGCAGGCGUGCUGAGCUUGGUGUUUUAUGUAUCAGGAUAAUGCUUUUGCCCAAUCUGCCUCUGUCAUGGUCUCAUCUAUGUCUUUCUCCCUGUUCCUGAUGCAUGGGGGUGCCAAUAAGUAUCGGCUGGUGACUAGUAUUGCAUAUAUCUGCGAGAUAGCUCUAGGUGGUUCUUUAUCUUGCGUGCAGAGGAGUUCAAAUUGCGUGGGUUUUCUCAGUAAAGAUGUUUUUUGCGGGAUGGAUUGGGCGUACUGGGCAAUUUGAGCUCUUGCCAAUGUAUGGGAAAAAGUUAGCGGCCAGUCCAGGAUGAGUUAUUCCAGUGGGCGAAUGUCGAAUGGGCGCAUGAGGACGUCUGUCAUGCGGGGUGUUGUUUUAUGUCCCAUCGGUCCCGGUGUCGGGCCGAGGUAUACUGCUGGGAUUUCUGGAUUGCCUCUGAGGGGUAGUAGCGGGCCUGGAUCUGUCGUCAGGUUUUGUUUCGUGCCUUGUCUGUGCCAGAUCUGCAUAAUCGCCGUUACGAAUGGGUUGGUGAUGUGUUUGUGUCUGUAUGCUGUCUUGGGCAUCCGUGGUAGGGUCCUGAGGUCGCAGCUGGUUAUUUCUGUUUCCAGUUGGGUCCAGGGUUUCGUGCCGCUGGCUACCGACCAGCUGAUUACUCUGGUGAGGUGUGCUGCGUGGUAAUAUUUUUUUGAAGUCAGGGAGCGCCAGGCCUCCUUGGAGUUUUGGGUAGGGUUAGUUGGGUGUGUGCUAUGUGUGGGGAUUUGCCCUUCCAUAUGAAUGUGUGGACCUCCAUCUUUAGUGCUGAGAAAAACGAUUGUGGGGCUAAAAUCGGUACUGUUUGGAACACAAAGAGUAGUUUGGGCAGUAGCGUCAUCUUGACUGCAUGAACUCUUCCCAGCCAUGAGAUGUAAUAGGACCUCCAUCUGUGUAAUUCCUCCGUUGCCUUUUUUAGUAUGGGAAGGUAAUUGUGGGUGUAUAUGUCUGCUGGGUUAUGUGUGUGAGCCAAAACCGAAUGCGUGCCGAAGGGCAGGUGUAUAGUGCCCAGGUGAGGUAUUUUGGCCUUUUACCAAGAGUUUGGAGGGCUUCGAGCAUCAGGUCCCAGUCUACUCUGUCGAACGCCUUCUCUGCAUCUGUGGACAGGAGAAGGGUCGGGGUCUUUUGUGCUCUGGUGUGCGCUAUGAUGUUCAAGGCUCUUAUGGUGUUGUCCCUCACCUCUCUGCCCGGGAUGAAUCCCGUUUGGUCCGGGUGGAUUGUGGCGGGUAGCAAUGGCACUAGGCGUGUCACUAGGAUGCUUGCCAGGAGUUUGAUGUCCAUGUUCAGCAUGGAGAUCGGACGGUAGCUCGGGCAUAGUGUCGGGUCCUUGCCCUUUUUUGGCAGUAGGGUGAUGUUCGCCGAGGUGAAUUGGGCCGACGGUGCGGCUCCCUCGUGGAUUGAGUUUAGGGCUGUCAGUAGUUUCAGUAGAAUGUCUUACACGAAGACCUUGUAGUAUUGGAGGGGUAGUCCAUCUGGUCCUGGUGCCCUGCCCGUUUUUGCUCUUUUGAUAGCGUAUUUCAGUUCCUCUAGUAUGAUGGGUGUCUCUAGUGUCUCCUGGUCUGCUUCGCUUAGUUCAGGUAUUUGUGCCGAGUCUAGGUAGCUGUGUAUGUUUUCUAUUGUGCGGCGUCGUUGUAUUUCCUGGUUAUUGUAUAUUUCUUAUGACUAGUGUUCCACAGCAACAAUCAUAUCUGCUGUGCAUCACGAACUGCAAAAUGUUGAUUGUUGCACUGGGAGAGUCCUGCAAAAAUGUACAGAAAAUGGAUGUUUGCUUGUUAGCAGCUGUCAAAGAAUUAUGGGAAAUAUAGACCAAACACUGGACGGCCUGCUCUAGCAUAAGCAAAUAACAAAUAACUCUCAGUUUGCAGUAUGCAUACACUUGCAGGUAUUUCAUUUUCUUCUUUUAAAGCAAUAACAAUUCUGGGUAUUGAUGAAGGAUAAAAGCACAUUGUGACUUGUUUUUGUUCAGAAAAAUUGCAAACUAUCAGUGCAAUAUUUAACCUUGUUUCCUCUGCAUCUGCUUAUUUUAGCUCUUUCUAACGGAGCAUGUGGUUGACUUAAAUACCACAAAAUCUGAACAGUUUUUUUUUUUUUGCACAAUUGAUGUUCUAUUUUUAGCCACUGCUUUUGUAAGAACAAGACAGAUUAACUUUUUUUUUUCUUAUAAAAUUAUUCUACGGUUAAAGGAGAAUAAAAUACUAUAAUAAUAUGUGUAUAUGUGAGGUCAGAUAGAAACUCCCCAUAAAUAUGUCCAUAUCCAAAACAAGUAGGUGUGCAAGAUUUUGAAACUACACAAACAGGCAUUAAAGAGAAAUCUGUACGUGUAACAGAAAAUAAAUGUGCCAAAGGCAAGUGUUUGUGACUUGAAAGAACAGUUGGGUCUUAAAUCUGAACUGAUUUGUAAACUUAAAAAUUAAGUUAAAUAAGUGUCUGAUUGUAAGGAGUGUUCAUAAUUUAAUACCAGAACCAGAUGAUGUCACAUCAUCACAAAAACGAAGGUAGGAGCCACACUCAAUCCCAGCAGACACCCGUUGCAUUGGAGCAGGACCAGCAAUCCCACAACGAUCAGGCAAACCAAAAGAACAUCUCCAGACACUCAAGGUGUUUCAGCCUCAGGCAGAUUUAAUGGAACAGAAAAAAGAGCAGCAACGUUUUGACCUGCUAAGAGGUCUUUACAUCAGUGAUUUAUACAAGCCAUCACAGUCUUAUUUACAAAGAAGAACAUUAUUAGACAAGGCUGGAAAACUAACCAGGAAGCCUGGGUAUACUAACUGAUGUUUGAAGUGACAGCACUAGGACAAAGUCUAGAUGCAAAAUGAACCAUAUUAAAUAUAUGCCCAAAGGAUUCAGUGCAGGUAGCACAGGCACAUGUUUGGUACAACAAGCUAAAAGGCUUGAGGCAUUCCUUUAAUGUCAAUGUCUGAUUUGUGGAAACCCUAUACAGACACAUAUAUGUUGUGCUCAGAUUCCUCUUUAAUUAUAGUAUGAGUAUCAGUAUUUUUUUAAAUACUUUUAUGGAAUUAUGAGUAGUACUGGAGUUACAUAAGCUGAGAGUCUUUCUGUGGAUAUGUUACAUAGUUGGCUAGGUUGAUGAAAAACUAAAGUCCAUCAUGCUUAACCCUGAAGCCCAAUCUUUUAUGCUGUUGAUCCAAAAGAAGGCAACCGCCCACCCAAUUGUAGCCAUUUUCAAUAAUGCCACAAAAAAAGGGCUCCAUAAUGGCAUUCAGGUUUCUCCUUGGUCAACAACCUGUUUUUAUACAUAUCAAUUGUAUACUUGAAUAUUCUGUUUAUGCAAAAAAGCAGUCAAGCCUUUUAAAAAAUUAUCUAUAGAAUCUGAUAACACAACCUCUUUUUAGGCUGAUGAUUCCACAUCGUUAUUGUUCUUACUGCAAAAAAACCCUUCCCUCUGCUGUAACAAAAACACCUUACUUCCAAUCUCAAUGGGUAACCUCUUGUGUCACCUCUUGCCUGUUGAAUAUUUCUACUAAAGAACAGGUUAGCACAUAGUGGGUUUUACUGACCCUAUAUAUAGUUGUAUAUAAUAAUAACAAAGUAUUUAACCAGGAAAGGUACAUUUAGAUUACUCUGGUUUUCAAGUACGUCCUGGGGAUGUUACCUUAGCCCAACAUAUAUUUAUAUCUGAAUUGACUUUAUUUUUAAGAAAACAAAUCCAGUUUUUCUAGCCUUUCCUCAUAACUAAUGUUUUCUUUCCCCUUUACUAAUUUUGUAACUCACUUCUGCACUUUUUUAAGUUCUGCAGUAUCCUUCUUUAAAAUUGGUAACCCCACAUAUACACAUAUACAAGGUGGCAUAUUGUUGCUGUGAAGAACUGAACCUCAUCAGGGGUUCUUGGAGGGGCCUGCUGGCCAGCCUCUUGCCUCAGUACUAUGGGCCCUGCAAUAUACUUGCCCAUUGCCUGCUGGCCAGCCUCUUGCCUCAGUACUAUGGGCCCUGCAAUAUACUUGCCCAUUGCCUGCUGGCCAGCCUCUUGCCUCAGUACUAUGGGCCCUGCAAUAUACUUGCCCAUGUGAGAUAUGUACUUUUGUACUCCAGACAGAGAGAACGACCCUUAGCCCUGAUUCCCUGGAACUUUUUUGGCCAUAGGACCAUGUGCACGGUCGGUCAAAAAUAAGACUUCCAGGAAAUACCUGUACCCCGGGUGAUUUUUGGAUAUGUUGGUCACCCAGAUCAGGGCUAUCAGGGAAUGUAACAUUUGUCAUUUUUUUUGUCUUUUAAUGUAUUUUUGGGUGUUUGUAAAAAUGUAGGCCUCAGAGACAAAGGUGCAUAUAUACAGCAACGAAACGCACGUCAGGUUCUUUCCUAUGAGUUAAUUUUAACUUGCACACACAUGGGCACUUCACUGCACUGUGUGAUACACAUUUUUGUUAUGAUUUAAGCUUUUCCUUUACAUUUUUUUCUUCUAUGCCAAUUUAGUAAGUUUAACAGGGAGAGACUUUCUCUACUUUACUUUAUCUGUCCUACUUUUGAUUAUUAGUGCUGCUGAUCCUCUAGACAGUAACUUUUCUCCCUUUAGCAUUUUUAACGGUGCUCAGGGAUUAAGGGAAGAUCUACUAACACCCUAUGCAUUAAAAGGCCAGGACUUACAGCCUAUAUGUAUAUUGCAGUCUUAGGUGUUUAGCAAUUGCCUCUCCUCACUUACUUAGGCAUGGGAGUUUGUUAUGAUUAGAGUUGAGCGAACACCUGGAUGUUCGGGUCCGGCGGGUUUGGCAGAACUUUAAAAAAAAAGUCCGGGUUCAGGCUCGAACUUGACCCCGAACCCGAACCCCAUUGAAGUCAAUAGGGACCCGAACUUUUGGGUACAAAACUGGCUCUAAAAACUCAUGGAAGGGGCUAGAGGGCUGCAAAAGGAAGUAAAAUGGGGUAAGAGUAGGACAAGUGCCCUGCAAACAAAUGUGGAUAGAGAAAUCACUUAAAAAUAACAUAAAAUAAGCAGCCGCUUAGUAGAUAACUCCCUAAUUCACACGUUAUUAGGGAGCUAUCUACCAAAAGGCUGAAAGACCUUAGUUGGUCUUUCAGCCACAUUUACUAAUACUAAGUAAAGAUUACUAAGUAUUAGUAUUACUAAAUUCUGCCCCUACUCGCUAUAUUCUGCUCCUAAUCGCCAGUGGUUGCUCACUGUAAAAACAAAACAAAAAAAAACCUAUUGCCCCCACCCCUGAGCGGUGGGUGGGGGCCCUAAAUAAUAAUGUGGAGGGUGGACCUACUUUCCUCCCCCCGGCCCCCACCCCUGAGCGGUGGGUGGGGGCCCUAAAUAAGAAUUUGGGGGGGGGGACUUACUGUCCCCUCCUCGGCCCCCACCCCUGCGCGGUGAGUGGGGGCCCUAAAUAACAAUAAGGGGGGACCUAAUGUCCUCCCCCCCGGCCCCCACCCCUGAGCGGCGGGUGGGGGCCCUAAAUAAAAAUGUACCCCCCCAGGUGACUAGGGGUCCCCAAACCCCUAGUCACCCCCCUCCCGCCCACAAAAAUUACCCCUACCUACCCCCCUCAUCCUAAAAAUAAUGAGGGGGGACCCUUAUCUAAAUACCUGUUAAAAAAAAAUAGCCUUACCAUUUGAUGUCUUCUUUCUUCUAAAAUCUUAUUUUUUCAACCCCAAAAAAGGCCAAAUAAAAAUCCAUAAUAACCGACACACUUUAAAAAAUAAAAUAAAAAAUAUAUAUAUCCAUUUUCACCUAUGGAGGGCUCCCCGCAGACUGAGCUCUGCAGGGCGGGGGAAGGCUUAUAAAGCCUUGCCCCACCCUGCAAUUAGGCUCAGAGAACUCUGGUGGGUUUAAGCCAUCCAAUCAGAGUGCUUUGACAGGUAAAUGAAGAGACUGACAGGUAAGUCUCUACAUUUACCUGUUAUAACACUCUGAUUGGCCACUUAAUCCACCAAUCAGAGUGCUCUGUGUCAUUCUACACAGCGUGGGAAAGUUCUUUUGAACUUGAAUGGCUGUGAUGGCUUCUAAGGGCACACGAGUCAAACGCUUGUUGAUUGGCUGCCCUGCGGCCUUUCAAAACGCGUCAUUAAAUCGGGUCCGGGGUCCAAAAAACGUAAUGUUCGGUAUGAACCCGAACUUUUCAGUUCGGGUUCACUCAACUCUAGUUAUGAUUUAUGAUUCACAUUUUCUCUUCUAUGCCUAUCUAGUAAGUCUCACAAGGAGAGAAGCUUUCUUUAUUUUAUUUUACUUUAUCCGUCUAUCUACUUUUGUAGAUUUAGGGCUGCCAAUCUUUAAGACAGUGACCUUUCUCCCUUUGGCACUUUUUCUGAUGCUUAGGUAGGUACUAAGGAGAGCUUUACUAACACCCUAUGCAUUAAUAAAGCCUAUAUGAAUAUUGCAGAACUGUUUAGUAACUUUAUCCCCUCAUUUACUUAGGCAUGGGAGUAGUCUUAUAAGGCUAGUUCAGUAUUUAUUAUUAUUUGGAGUCACAGUUUAUUUCUGUUUUGUUACUUUCUGUUAUUUCAGAUAUUUAGUGGUCUUCCUCUGGUUACAUUGUUCCAUACCACUGGAUGCUUUGGUGCCUACGUCUUUAUCUCCAGUUAGUAUUAUAUUCAGUUUGUGAAUUUUUGCUUCUUUUUGAUUUUGCAUUGCUGGAGUGCCCUCCUGGUGCAUGGGAUGAGUGUGGAGGUGGUGUUGAUUCCCUUUUACAUCCAUUUUCACACGGAUCCCAUUUCUUUCUAUUUUUUAUAAUGUAUAAGUGGCUUGUGGGUUCCUUAUUCCAAAAUGCAUGACUUAACAUUUAUCUGUAUUGAGUCUCAUCUGCCACCUACCUGCCCCCUCCCCCCCCCCCGACCUCUUCAAUUUAUCUAAAUGCUUCCGUAGAGAAGUUAUAUCAUACUAAGAGUGUGCAAUGGACUGGUGAUUUGAAUUUCCUGCCCAUAGCAAAAAUCAUAUUGUUCAAACAUUACUAAAAAGGUGACAAAAUGUUAUUAUUAUAAUUUUUCUUCUUCGUUAGUUUUAUAAGUAUAGUGCAGGCGUUAGUCUUAGAAACAGUCUAAAGAACAAUGGGGGGAGGAAGGGAGAGGUUACACAAUACAAACAAUUCAUGUGGUAAAUGGCAAGUUUCACAGUAGAAGCAAUAAAAAAAAUCAACAUAUAGGCAGGAUCAGUCAGUAAAUUAAAAAGCAAUUUUAUGUUCACAGCUAUUUAUAUAUACAAUCAGUAUAUCUGUUUUAACCUAUGUCUAUGUUUAUGUAAAAUAAAAAAACUCUUCCUAUGUACUACUAAUUAUUAGCCAAUUACAUAUGCAAGUUGGAGGAGCAUGCAAUGGACUGAUAUAUGGCCUUAGGUAGUAGAUGUGUCUUGUAUUCCUUCACUAUCAAGCAGUUUUAAAAAAAGCUACCCCCAGAAUCCAAGUAUUGCAGUUCUAUAUUUAUAUGUAUUUUUGUUUCAGAAUGCUUAUAUAGCAUAUUAUUUAAUGGGAACAAAACCUAUUUUAACUUUCAGAUACAGAUAUUAUACAGUUACAGAUAUGAAACAGUAAUCUACACACACACACACACACACACACACACACAUAUAUACACACGUUGAUGACACAGCUGCUCUGUGUGCAAAAAUGAGGGUGGGUGAUCUCCUGCACAUUGAGGGACCCAUUGGGUGGACCAUGCACUUAGGGCCCCCUGAUGGCCAUCUCUGAUCAGGGGUCCUUUGGCCCUUUUACAACAUGACUGGACCCACUGGUCUGCCUGCAGUCACGGUCCUGGGAGGAAGUGAGUACAAGUCACUUUCUCCCAGCAUAUCUAUGAACCAAACAGGAGAGAGAAGGGAGGACCAGAGAGAAGGAGAGCCUGGAGUCUGGACCUGACUCCCAUAAGAUCCAGCCAGAUGCCAGGGAAGCAAACCCCCCCCUGCCCCCCACCACCAAAAAAAGUAUGAAAGUAGGGGGUUGCUAAAAAUCUGUAAAUUGUAAUCUUUCUGUGUAUAUGUCUGCUCGUGUAUAUAUGUGUUAUCUGUGUGUGAAUAUAUGAUAUUUGUGUGUAUAUGUGUUAUCUGUGUGUGUAAAUGUGUGUAUGUGUAUGUAUUAUCUAUGUGUGAAUAUAUGACAUUUGUGAGUAUAUGUGUUAUUUGUGUGUAUAUAUGUGUUAUCUGUGUGUGUAAAUAUGUGUAUGUGUUAUCUGUAUGUGUAUAUGUGUCACUUAGGUAUAUGUGCUAUGAGUGAGUGUGUAUCUGUGUGUGCAUGAGACAAAAUGUAUAUGUGUGUAUGUAUCAGUGUAUAUCGGUGUGUGUAUGAGUCAGUGUGUGUAAUGGAUCACCUGGCACCCCGACUGGGUACCUCCAUUGAAGGAUGCUCCUAGCGCUUCUUGAGGACUCCAAACACUCUAGCCGACACCACAACCACCGCAGGCCGAACCUCUCUUCCUUCAGAGCGAAGCAGGAACAAGCUCUUUAGGAGUGAUUAUAUGCCUAGCAUAGCAAUCCCUCGUAGCAGAUUCCCCAAUAAGAGACGGCACUCCAAAUUGAGGGUGAAGUAGAACUGAAGCUUUUAAUCAAACACUUUACUUUUAUGCCCCUUUUACAAACAUAGUACCGCCCACAGAGUUUUGAAGAACAAACCAAUCAAUACAUUACAACACAGCUAAACACUCCCAUUCAUACCAGCAGAAAUCCUCCCCUCUGCCUGUGAUACAAUUACUGAAAACAAUGGGCUAACCUAAUUAUCACAGGCAGGAAAAUACACAGUUUUGCACAAUAUUCAUAACUUUAAAAGUAUACAUCACAUUCACAUACAACUUACAUUUUCCUACUCAAAAAUACGAACAUGUGUCAAAAUCAUACAAAUUGGUCCAGUGGUUCAAAAGAUAGAUGGAAGACCUAUUUGACCGACUGAAAGCAUGGCUAUCUCCAGCAUACAGAAAAUAUCUCCAUUUACAACAACAGCAAAAACACACAAAAAUACAUAAUUCCUAUAAUACUGAACAGAACCCCCACAUUCAACCUAUCCCCAGAUAGCUUGGAUCUGAGCUCUCACUAUACUCGAACAGUGCUCAGAUCCCACAAACACAGUCAAAUCGCCAUGGGGUUAAAGUUUAGCAACAAGUUCCAACUAGUCUGGUAGUGUCCUUGGGACAACAAUAAUAGACAGGAAAUGGGGGAGGGGCACACCUUCUCAUGUAUUCAAAGGGGCAGGAAAAGUGUUUCAAAAUCCAAUAACCCCAAAUAAUGAUUACACAGGGCAAAGUCUCCCAGGGGCCAUAGUCAGAAUGCAGGAGGCGGGCAAACAUGCUUCUCCAAUGCCCAGUGGCAAGGUUGCUACCGCCACAGCGUGUAUCUGUGUGCAGGGCCGGACUGGGAGAAAAAUUCGGCCUGGGCAUUUUUUUAACACAGCGGCCUACUAAAAAGGGGGCGGGGCAGAGAGGGUGUGUUUCGUCAUCACCAAUGACAAACACGCCCCCUCUCAAAGUGAGCAUGUUGGUUCAAUGCUCUUCCAGGGCAGACCAUGCGCAAAGCUCUGCUGAAGAGCUCUAGCAUGAGAAAAAAGUCCUGUAUUUGUUCUGCACAGUGCAAGCAAAUUUAAUAACAUUAGAACAAAAAGGUAAUGGUUCAGCGCUAAACAAUCUAAAAGAAACUAAAACAAAAAGUAAAAGCAGCAACCUAUAGGAAUGAGGUCCCUCAAAUAACCUCACAUGGAAUAGGACAAACAGAAAAAGGUAUAUAGGUCGCGCUAAGGGGACAAGGAGGUAAAAUAAAUGAAAUAAAUAAAAGUAAUAAAAAAGUCCCAAAUAUAAAUAAACCUGUGUUGUUCUAGGAGAGUAUACAGUCCAAAUGGAUAUCUGAGUCUUCUUAUGUUGAGGAUGUCUUGGAAUGCUUGUCAAUACGUAGAUACAUAAAAAAAAGGAGAGGAAGAGGAACUCCAAUAGUGUAGAAUGUCGAUAUAGUUUCCAGGUAUAGGUCUGUAAGUAGGUAAAUGACUCACCUUGGCGUGAGCAAAGAAACCUUGCUCAAGUGUUCUUAGCGUUCAGUGGCGUCAAUCCCCCACUGGUAGGAUAUAGGUGAUGGGGUCCUGGACAAUUCCUCGGUAUAUAAAAAAUGAGAGACGUAUAUAGUGCUCACUGAUGUUUGUAAAAACAAAUAAAAUAAGUAAAAUACUCACAUGUACAUGAGCAGGAAAUACUGCUCAGUAUGAUGGCGCAGGUGGUACAAUCCCCACCUUAGGAUUCUUGGAAGUUGACGUACUUAAAUCCAAAUUGAUGACCAGGUAAUUCAAAUUAAAAAUAUAAAAUAAAAGGAAUUUAAAAGUAUAUAGGCAAAAAAUAAGGGCCAAUAUUCCUUUAUUAAAAUAUAGUUUAUCAAUAUAUCUAACAGACUUAGUAAUAGCCAAAACGCAUUUCACCACACAGGGCUUUAUCAAAUGGCAUUUAAAAGAGAGAAAAACCUGGUACACAAGCUGCUUUUAUAAGCUAAAAAAUACAAAUAGGCAUUUGAAUUUUGGCGCCAUAAUGACGUCACACUUACAAUAUGCAUAAUUUAAAAACAAUUUAAAAGUAAGAAAUUGAAAUAUAAAAGCAUUAUAUAAUGCAAUAUUAAGAUAAUUAUCAGUUUCAAAUAGUAAAACGAGCAUUUUUUAUAAUGUUGUACACUAGGAGAGAUGAUGUCAGUGAAGAAAAUAUUGUAUGUAUACAAAAGUUAAAAUUGAUGAUAUAGGAACGUAAAUAAAAGGGGUAUGAAAAUGUCUGUGGGUUUAAAAUAGAAAAACGAGCAUUAUUAAGAAUAGUAAUAUAUAAUGAAACACGUGAUCGCGGCUAGACGCGAUCACGUGAUCGGAACUGGGUAUUGUGGGAAAUGUAUGCCAGAGAGUCGGGAGAUCGGCGCAAAAGUAUAUCGCCUGUCUCUCGACUAGAUAGUGCAGCAGAGGCAUAUAGGAGCUAGAUAAUUAGCCUUGCAUGUAAAUAGAGACCUAAUAGGUGAAGGGAGAGGGGGAGAGAAGAAAAAGGGGGAAAAACAAAAAAGGGGCUUAUAGCAGGGAAUAUCCUGCAUAAAUCAAAAGGAAAAAGGAUAAAGAUAAUAAUGAAAAAAAUAUAUAUAAAUAAAGGAUAUAUGUAAAAAAGAGAAAAAUGAAUAAGGGUAAGUAUAGAAUAAAAUGAAAUAGAAAUAAUAAUAAAGGUAAAAAUAAAAGAUAAAAAAAAUAAAAAAUAAAAAAAUAAAUAAAUAAAUAUAAAAAUACAAUUAAAAAUAAAAAUAAUGAAUAAAAAUAAAGAAUAAAAAUAAAAAUAAAAAUAAAAAUGAAAAUAGAAAUAAAUAAUAAUAGAAUGUAUAGUAUAAUAAAGAUAAAAAUAAAUAUAAAAAUAUAAACAGAAUUAAGGAAAGAAAAAUGAAUGAAUGAAAAAAGUGGAGAAAAAAAAAAAAAGGUAAAGAGUAAAAAAAUAAUUUAUAAAAAGUUAAAAAGGUCAAAUUCAACAUUUAAUCCUUGAGGUGAUAGGGUUUUUAAUUGAAAAACCCAAUUCAUCUCUCUUUUCCCCAAAAUAUUUUUCAUAUCCCCUCCUCUCCAUGGCAUGGAAACUUUUUCUAUCCCGGUAACUUUAAGAGCACUUGGGUCUUUAUUGUGCAAUAAAAAGUGCUUGGACACUGAAUGGUUAUCAUAUCCUUUUUUGAUAUUACGGCAAUGUUCUGUAAGUCUAAUCUUUAAACACCUUGUUGUCAUGCCGACAUAUUGAAAACCACAUGGACAUUCUAAUAAAUAGAUAACAUUUUUAGUAUUGCAUCCUAUGAAGUCCUUGAUCGGGUACAUAGUUUUGGUGAUGGUGGAGGAGAAAUGAGUCGUUUUAGUAUUGGUAUUGGGAUUUGUGGAUCUGCAUACGAUGCAUUUGUUACAUUUAAAAAAACCUUUUGGUUUUGACAGAAAGGUCUCCUUUGAUGAAGUGAUUUUAGUAUAAUUUUUCGUUAGAAUUUUCUUAAAAUUUGGGGCCCCUCUAAAAAUCACAUUUGGUUUGUCAGGGAUAUAGUCUUUUAAAAGGUCAUCCUAUUUGAGAAUGUGCCAAUGUUUAUUAAUGAUUUUUUUUUAUAUCUUUAUUUUUCUUAUUAAAGUCUAAGAUAAUAGGCAAUUUUGGGGGGUCUUCCUUUUUAGCUUUGUAUGCUAAAAGGUCCUUUCUUUCUUUUGUACUAACUUCUUUUAAUGCUGCAUUCAAUUUUUCUGGUUCAUAGUUUUUAUCUAAAAAUUUGCUAUUCAAUGAGGUAGAUUGGAUUUUAAAAUCAUUUGAUAGAGAACAAUUACGAUGAAGACGAAGAAAUUGACUUUUCGGAAUCCCAUCUAACCAGGGUUUAUAAUGACAGCUUGUAUGGUCUAUGAUGGUAUUAGUACAUACUUCUUUAAAAAAAGUCUUGGUUUGAAUAUUGCCUUCAUGAAUAAAAAUGUUAAGAUCCAAAAAAUCAAUGGAUUCUUUACUAAAAUUUGAGGUUAAAAUUAUACUUUUAUCAUUGUUGUUUAAAAAUUCUAAAAACAGUUUAAGAGAGGUCUCUGAACCUUGCCAAAUAAAAAAUAAAUCGUCUAUAUAGCGAAAGUAUGCGAUCAGGAUUGCCCGCCAGCUAUGAUCACCCCAAAUGGCCGAAGACUCCCAAUCAGCCAUAAAGAGGUUAGCAUAGCUAGGGGCAAACCUGGUUCCCAUGGCUGUGCCUUUUUUUUGAAUAUAAAAAGAAUCAUAAAACCAAAAAUAAUUGUUGGUUAAAACAUGUGAAUACCCUCUAAAAUAAAAUUUAUUUGUGAGACUGGAAUCGAAGUUUGGUUUUUUAAAAUUUUUUCAACUGACUCACAUCCUAAGGUGUGGGGAAUAAUAGUAUAUAAAGAUUGGACGUCGCACGUAACUAAAAUAUAAUCUUGACACCAUAUAAAAUCUUUUAAAAAGGAUAAAAGGGUCAUCGAGUCUUUGAGAUAGGAUCUCAUUAGUUUUACUGAAGGCUGUAAUAAAAAAAAUCCAAUAACCCCAAAUAAUGAUUACACAGGGCAAAGUCUCCCAGGGGCCAUAGUCAGAAUGCAGGAGGCGGGCAAACAUGCUUCUCCAAUGCCCAGUGGCAAGGUUGCUACCGCCACAGCGUGUAUCUGUGUGCAGGGCCGGACUGGGAGAAAAAUUCGGCCUGGGCAUUUUUUUAACACAGCGGCCUAAUAAAAAGGGGGCGGGGCAGAGAGGGUGUGUUUCGUCAUCACCAAUGACAAACACGCCCCCUCUCAAAGUGAGCAUGUUGGUUCAAUGCUCUUCCAGGGCAGACCAUGCGCAAAGCUCUGCUGAAGAGCUCUAGCAUGAGAAAAAAGUCCUGUAUUUGUUCUGCACAGUGCAAGCAAAUUUAAUAACAUGCUUGCACUGUCUUUCCUUGCAACUUGUCUCUGGUGUCUCUAUAAAUGGAUACCAGGAGACAAAAGGCCAGGAAAGAGUAUUAUGCAUGUGUUUGGAGCCUGCUUGUGGUAUUGCGUGUGUGUAGAGUGAGCUGGUCGUGGUGUGGUAUUGUGUAAUAAGGUCAGUUUUAGUCGUGUUGUGUUUGUGGUGUAAUGUGAUGCAUAUGUGGCUAUGGGCUGUAGAGAAUGUGUGUAUUGGGGAUAUAGCAAGUGUGUAUGUGAAGGGUGCAGUAUGUGUGUGUGUGAGGGGUGCGGUGUGUGUGAGAGUGCCGUGUGUGUGUGAUGGGUGUGAGAGUGCCGUGUGUGAGUGAUGGGUGUGAGAGUGCUGUGUGAGAUGGGUGUGAGAGAGUGCUGUGUGAGAGAGUGCUGUGUGUGUGUGUGAGAGUGCUCUGUGAGAGUGCUGUGAGAGAGUGCUGUGAGUGUGAUGGGUGUGAGAGUGGUGUGAGAGAGUGCUGUGUGUGUGAAAGUGCUGUGUGUGAUGGGUGUGAGAGUGCUGUGUGAGAGAGUGCUGUGUGUGUGUGAGAGUGCUGUGUGUGUGAAAGUGCUGUGUGUGAUGGGUGUGAGAGUGCUGUGUGAGAGAGUGAUGUGUGUGCGUGUGAGAGUGCUCUGUGAGAGAGUGCUGUGAGUGUGAGAGUGAUGGGUGUGAGAGUGUGAUGGGUGAGAGAGUGCUGUGUGUGAUGGGUGUGAGAGUGCUGUGUGUGAUGGGUGUGAGAGAGUGCUGUGUGUGAUGGGUGUGAGAGUGCUGUGUGUGAUGGGUGUGAGAGUGCUGUAUAAAUGUUAUUGUGUGUGUGUGUAGGGGGGGUAAAUAAACAAAAAACAGGCAUUAUGUCCCCCCCUCCCUUCUUACCUUUAGCCUGGGAGGGGGGGACCGGCACACUGGUGACUGGGAGGCGGGGUGGCAGUGUUCCCUGGUGGUCCUCGUGGGUGAGUGAACUCUAGCCUGGGCCUGGGCUAGAGUUCACUCUCGCGAGAUCCGGCGCGUUGCCAUGGCAACGAGCCGGAUCUCGCGAGAGGAACCCGGCGGAGCUGCAAGUUAGAGCUCCGCCGGGUCCUCCUCUCCUGGCGGCUGUCUCCCUCUCUCCCCGCCGGCGGCCGCAUUUGGGCCGGUGAGGGAGAUCUUUGAUCUCCCCACCGGCCCGUCGUGGCAAACGGCGGGGCCGGCGCUAGGAGAGUGCCGGCCCUGCAUAGACCGGCAGGGGAGAUCCUGGGACCUCCCCUGCCGGCCUCGGCACCGCGGCCCAUUUGCCCGGUGUGCCCGAUGGCCAGUCCGGGCCUGUCUGUGUGUGUAUGUGUCAGUGUGUAUCUGUGUGUGUAUGUGUCAGUGUAUAUCUGUUUGUAUGAGCGAGUGAGUAUCUGUGUGUUAGUGUGUGAGGGUAUGCAUCAGUAUCUGUGUGUGUCAGUGUGUGCCAGUGUGUAUGUGCUGGGCAGUGUAUGUGCAAACAUCCCAGUAAUCAAACACCAAAUCUACAUAGAAACACAUUCAAACACACACACUAAACACAAGUGCACCACUGCUUUCAAAUAGCAACAGUACAUACCAAUACAACUUUAUUCAUAUGCCAACACUAGACACAAAUACAUACAUGGAACCAAAUACACAAAACAUGCUUACAUUUGUUGUACAUUAUUUGUUUCUAUUGCAUUUAGAAGUGUUUAUUCAUAGAAAAAUGUAAUGCUCUUUAACAAAUACUAUAGUCUUUACAUGUGUUAAAUUAGCUUUACAAUUAGAUGGACAGGGUGAAUUGAGGCUGGGGAGUGGUACACUGAGGGAGCAGAUUGCUUUUCUAUCCCCUGGGCAUUUGCAACUGGUUAUGUCACUGCUUUGAUGCAUGCACACACAUACAAACUCUGAUACAUACACACACACACACACAUACAAUAACAAAUAAACCUGCAAAUGAGAUAAUGUUAUCUUUUUACUACAAAGCAUUGAUACUUUUAAUUUAUUAAAUUACAAGUUAUUUGACUUAUAGUUAGCAAACAGGCUAUACUAUAUACAAGUUAUAUAAAGUUGUGUGAUGCCUCAGUGUUGGCUGUGUGUGCGUUAACCUCUGUCUCCAUGUUUCUAACCUUGUACUUCUGAUAAAGACUACUGACUUUGGUAACAAUUAAGCAGGUUAUUCAACCCCACCCCCCAAAACUAACAUUCCACGUAUACAAUUGGUAACAUUUUGUACAUGUGUUGUAUUUACCCCCUCCACACAUGGCUAAAAGUAGUCAAUCCAUCCCAGGUGGUUAGUAUUAAUAUAUUCAUUCAUGUUGCUGUGUGGGAUCAAAUGCAAGUACCUGGUAGGCAGUUGUGAAUAUGUAUAGGGGAAUGUUUAUAAAGCCACAUUCCUGUGGAUGAACUAAUGUUCUGCAGAACAUCUUGCAAACAAAUGUUCACAGAGAAAUAAUGGGUCUUGAAUUAUUCAUUGACUUUGUUUUAACUAUUAAUACUAUUUAACUACUUAAUGAUGACUAAUACACUGAACAAAAUUAUAAACGCAUCACUUUUGUUUUUGCCCCCAUUGUUCAUGAGCUGAACUCAGAGACUAAGACUUUUUCUAUAUACACAAAAAGCCUAUUUCUCUCACAUAUUGUUGGCAAAUCUGUCUAAAUCUGUGUUAGUGAGCACUUCUCCUUUGCCGAGAUAAUACAUCAACCUCACAGGUGUGGCAUGCUGACUGCAGGAAUGUCCACCAGAGCUGUUUCCCGUGAAUUGAGUGUUCAUUUCUCUACCAUAAGCCAUCUCCAAAGGGGUUGCAGAGAAUUUGAUCAGUACAUCGUUCUGGCCUCACAACCACAGAAUUUUUGCACAAACUGUCAGAAACCGUCUCAGGGAAGCUCAUCUGCAUGCGCGUCGUCCUCAUCAGCGGUCUCGACCUGACUGCAGUUCAUCGUCGUAACCGACUUGAGUGGGCACAUGCUCACAUUUGAUGGCAUCUGGCACUUUGGAGAGGUGUUCUCUUCACGCAUGAAUCCCGUUUUCCACUGUACAAGGCAGAUGGCAGACAGCGUGUAUGGCGUCGUGUGGGUGAGUGGUUUGCUGAUGUGUGGUCUGUAACGGCACCCUCAGCAUAAAAGGGUUAAACCGCCGUGUAGUAGAUCUUCCCUUCCAGAGACACAAGCACAGCUACUGCAGAACACCAAUCCGCCGAACAGGAAACCAUAUGAAUGCUGAAAUCAGCCGAAUAGGAAAAACCAUACGAAUAGGUUUACACUCCUAGCAGUCGAACUGGAACAGCAUACAAUAAAUCCCCCCUAGAACGAGACAAAGCUCCGUGUUGAGGGUCAAGCAGUGAACAGCCAGAGCUGUGGGUUUAUUGUGCUUAUGUACACAUUCUUACACAUUAGUACCACCCACAGGGUUUUGCAACACAACCAAUAAACACAUACAAUACACUCAGACACUCCCACACAAAUUCCUCCCCUCUGCCUGUGAUUAAAUUACCUUACACAAUGGGUAAUGUAAUUAGCACAAGCAGAGAAAUACAAUUUGUCCACAUUAUUCAUAACUUGAAAAGUAUGCAUUACAUUCACAUAUAACUUACAUUUUCAGAAUCAGCAAACUCCAAAUACAAACAUACGUCAAAAUCAUACAAAUUGGUCCAGUGGUUCAAAAGAUAGAUUGUAGUCCUUUGUGACCAAAGGAAGCAUGUUUUUUCUGCCCAAAACCAGUUCCACAGAGUCUUCUAUCCUGGAGAUAAUUGGGAAGUAAUCCAAUUAUCUCCAAAGACAGAGGCAAAACUCCAUUGAACACAUGGCAGCAAAAGACAAUAAAACACAUAAAAACAUAUAACUGUGCAGCCAUUGCACAAAACAGGUACAUUCAACAUAUCCCCAGAUAGCUCAGAUCUGAGCGCACAUUAUUACUGAAUGGCGCUCAGAGCACACACAUACAGAUCAAUUGCCAUGGAGCCAAAGUCUUUCCCAUAGUCUUUCAUUAUACGAAUAGGCUCCAUGGCAUAGCUAUCUGGGGUAUCACCGCUCAAACAGGGCAAGCACCAAAUGACCCAGCUUUCAUGUCUUUGCAGGGGAAAAUCAAGCCUUUUAACAUGGGGCCAUAAUCCAAAGGCAACAGGCGAGCAACCAGGCUUCUCCAAUGCAAUGUGGCGAGAUUGGUCUUGUCACAUGGUCCAUGGUGGCGGUGGGGUUAUUGUAUGGGCAGGCGUAUGUUAUGGACAAUGAACACAGGUGCAUUUUAUUGAUGGCAUUUUGAAUGCACAGAGAUACAGAUCCUGAGUCCCAUUGUUGUACCAUUCAUCCACGACCAUCACCUCAUGUUGCAGCAUGAUAAUGCAUGGCCCCAUGUUGCAAGGAUCUGUACACAAUUCAUGGAAGCUGAAAAUAUCCCAGUUCUUGCAUGGCCAGCAUACUCACCAGACAUGUCACCCAUUGAGCAUGUUUGGAAUGCUCUGGAUCGGCGUAUACAACAGUGUGUUCCAGGUCCUGCCAAUAUCCAGCAACUUUGCACAGCCAUUGAAGAGGAGUGGACCAACAUUCCACAGGCCACAAUCAACAACCUGAUCAACUCUAUGCAAAGGAGAUGUGUUGCACUGCGUGAGGCAAAUGGUGGUCACACCAGAUACUGACUGGUUUUCAGACCCCCCGGAUCCCUCCAAUGCAGUAAAAUUGCACAUUUUAGAGUGACCUUUUAUUGUGGCCAGACUAAGGCACAUCUAUGCAAUAAUCAUGCUGUCUAAUCAGCAUCUUGAUAUGCCACACCUGUGAAGUGGAUGGAUUAUCUCAGCAAAGAAGAAGUGCUCACUAACACAGAUUUAGACAGAUUUGUGAACAAUAUUUGAGAGAAAUAGGUCUUUUGUGUACAUAGAAAAAGUCUUAGAUCUUUGAGUUCAGCUCAUGAAAAAUGGGGAAAAAACAAAAGUGUUGCGUUUAUAAUUUUGUUUAGUGUAUAUAAAGUGUAUAAAAGAAACACUUACUGAUCACUGGUUUUAAUGCGUGCACUUAGUUUUUCUGGGAGCCUCGGGCAUAAGGUAUUUCAAUAUCAUGUUGCACUGAAUUCUAAAGCUUUAAGUCUCUGUAUAAAACUAAGGUUAGAAUAGCAAGUACAAGUUUUAAGUGAAUAAAGAUAUGAUAAAUACACUAAUACAAUCGAAAAUAUAAAAAAUUGCAACACUCAGUAGCAUUCUAACUCGGUGGGCAGGGUCCCCUAAGAAAACCGGUGGCAGGGUGGUACAAAAAGCACUACUCUCUCACCAGAGCAGGCCUCUGCCUAUCAAUGGCAGAGCUGAAUGCAAAGUACUUGCUCUGCAAAUUCAAUUUGGUAGACCUCAUGGCGGAAGAGGAGCUGCUGAGAUCUGCCUGUACAGUGCCCUUGCUGCCCUGUACUAAUGCUGAGAACUAGGUACACCAGGGAUAAAUAUAUAUAAAUAAAAUCAAAAUGAAAUAUGUGUGUGAGUAUAUGAAUGUGUGUGUGCAUAUGAAUGUGAGUAUGUAUGUGUGUAUAUAUAUGUGAAUGUAUGUGUAUGAAUGUGAGUGUGUGUGCCUGUGAAUGUUAGUGUGUGUGUAUAUAUAUGUGUAUAUAUAUAUAUAUAUAUAUAUAUAUAUAUAUAUGAGUAUGUUUAUAUAAAUGUGAGCUUCUGAGUUCAUAAAAUAUUCUAUUUUGGUGAAUAUUAUACUAAUCAAAUAUGUUCCAAUCACAUUGUAUUAAGCAAUCCAGUGCUCACUUUAAAUGGGGGUAUUUGAAAUAGCAAAUAAAUCUGCAUGCCGGGUAUUUUCUCAUGUGACAUAGACAUGAAAAAGAAAAUAACCAAAAAAUGAAUCCAAUAAUCCAGAGUAUCUGGAACUGGUGAGUUAUAUAACAAUAAAUUAAGAACACUCAUUGAGCACAGAAGGAAGCAAAGAAAGAAAGACAGACAGGGUUAGGACAAAGGCAUAAUGUAAAAAGGGAGAAAGAAUUUAUAAAAGUACAAACAUACCAAUACACAUAAUAACCGGACUUUUUAAAUUCCCCUGUAUUUUCUGGGAAAGGCUAAUUGUAUCUUUUUAACAGAAUAACAGACAUUCUGCAUUUCUUAGCUACACCAGUGAAACUGUUUUUUUAAUGAACAGGAUCAUGGAUAAAAAACAAAACAAAAAAACAUUGAGGUAAAGGAACAUAAAGUCCCCACUUAUCCAAGUGAAAUACAGGUCACCAGGCAUAGAAACCCCAAAUCCAGUAAUAAAACAAAAAUUAGAAAUAGUGGCAGUGCAAGCGCUCAAAGACCAUAGGAGGUUUAAUAAAAAAAAAAAAUAGUUACAAACCUUUCUUAUUCCUUUGAGAUAUAGGUGGACAUUUGCACAUAUUGCAUUAAACACACAGAUACACUCAGCAAUCCUAUUAUAGACAGUUGUGAGUUCUCCAUUUCUACUCCAUAAAUAUGAAAAAAGUGUUAGUUAUUUGUAGUUAUUUGGGGUAUAAAUAUGUUUUACACAAUUAUUAUUAUUAUUGCCAUUUAAAUAGCGCCAACAGAUUCCGUAGUGCUUUACAAUAUUAUUUAUUAUUUACUAUAAAUAGGACAAUUACAAGAAAACUUACAGGAACGAUAGGUUAAAGAGGAUCCUGCUCAAACAAACUUACAGUCUAUUGGAAGUAGGGUGUAAAACACAUUAGGAAAGGAAAUAGCAAUCAAAUAAGGUGGGAGUGAUGCAGAGCCGGAGGAGAGAGUAAAGUGCUGCCCUUUAGGAGAGAGCAAAAGACAGGUAUGUGAGGUAGAGGUUACUCUGGGAGGCCAUAAGCUUUCCUAAAAAUGUUUUAAGGCACUUCUUCAAUGAUUGAAGACUAGGGGAGAGUCUGAUGGCGGUAGGCAGGCUAUUCCAUAGAUAGGGAGCCGCACACCGAGAAGUCCUGUAAGCGUGAGUUGGCCGUACAGGUGCAAGCAGCGGAUAGGAGAAGGGCACGGGCAGAGCAGAGAGACCGAGAAGGGGCAUACCUAUGGAUCUGUGAAGAGAUAUAAGAGGGGCUAUAUUUGUUCAAUGCUUUAUAGGUAUUGGUUAGCACUUCGAAUUGACUAAUAUAGGAUACAGGAAGCCAAUGUAAGGAAUAACAGAGGGGUGAGGUGUGAGAGGACAGACUAGAGAGGAAAAUCAGUCUGGCAUUCAUUACAGACUGUAGUGGGGCAAUAUGGCUUUUGGGAAGACCAAUUAGGAGAGGGUUACAAUAAUCCAUGCAGGAAAUUAAUAGAGCAUGGACAAGCUCCUUGGUAGCAUCUUGCGUAAGAAAGGGGUGGAUGCGGCUAUGUUUUUAAGAUGUAAUCUACAGGAUUUGGCAGCAUACUGGAUGUGAGGCCCAAAGGUGAGGCCAGAAUCAAGUCUGACGCCAAGACAGCGCACUUGCAAGGAUGGACUGAUGUGGAUACCACUAACAUGAAGGGAGAGCGAAAGAGGAGGAUCAGUAUUAGGAGGAGGAAAGACAAGGAGCUCAGUAUUAGAGAGAUUGAUUUUCAUAAAGUGGGAGGACAUCCAGUCAGAGAUGGAAGAAAGGCAAGCAGUGACACGUUGCAGGACAGCAGGAGAGAGGUCCAGGGAGGAGAGAUAUAUUUGGGUGUCAUCAGCGUACAGGUGGUAGUGGAAUCCAAAUGAGGUAAUAAGUUUGCCAGAGAGGCAGUAUAAAGAGAAAAUAGAAGGGGACCAAAUACAGAGCCUUGGGGGACUCCAACCAAGAUAGGAUGAGGGGAGAAGGUAAUAUUAGAAAAGGAGACACUGAAUGAGCGUUGGGAGAGAUAAGAGGAAAACAACGAUAGGACAGAGUCACAGAGACUGAGUGAUUUGAAGAGUUUGAAGAAAGAGAGCAUGAGCAACUGUGUCAAAGGCAGCAGAGAGGUCAAGAAGAAUUAGUAUGGAGUAGAGGCCUUUGGAUUUAGCUGCUAUUAGGUCGUUAGUAACUUUGAUAAGAGCAGUCUCAGUAGAGUGGAGAAGGCAGAAGCCAGAUUGAAGAGGGUCAAGGAGAGAGUUGGAAUUGAGGAAGUGAGACAAACAGGUAAAGGAAAGUCUUUCCAGAUGGUUUGAGGAAAAAGGGAGCAGGGAUAUGGGACGAUAGUUAGAGGGGGAGGACGGGUCAAGAGAUUUUUUUUUCAGGAUAGGUACUACAGUGGCAUGUUUAAGGUCAGCAGGGACAAUGCCAGAAGAGAGAGAGCAGUUGAAGAUGUGUGUUAAGUAAGGCACAAGACAGGGGAAGAGAGAUAUGAUAAGGUGAGAUGGGACAGGAUCGAGUGGGCAAGUGGUGGGGCGAGAGGAAAGGUGGGGGGAGAGGAGCGCAGCCCCCUCUUGUUCAGUAGCCAGGGAGAAGGUCUGAAGGGUAGGAAAGGCAUGAUCAAAGUGUGGUUGAGAAAGAGAACGGCAAGGUGGGGAGAAUUCUUUCCUUAGUUGUUCAAUCUUGUCGGUAAAGUAGAAUGCAAAGCUAUUGGCUGUAAGGUUAGUUUGGGGGGUGGCCACAGCAGGGCGAAGAAGAGGGUUAAAGGUGUCAAAGAGACGCCUGGGAUUGCGGGAGCAUGAACUAAUGAGAGAGGAAAAGUAUGACUGUUUGGCACUGUAUGAACACAAUAUGAAUCUAUAAUGGAGAUAGUCUGCCUGGGUGCGAGACUUCCUCCAGGAGCGUUCAGCACAAAGGGAGCUUCUUUGGAGGUAGCGUGUUGAUUUAGUAUGCCAUGGUUGGGGGCGUGUCCUCCUCGAGGUGCAUGUUUGGAGCGGGGCUGCAGCGUUCAAGGUGAGGUUAGUGUUAUUUGUGAAGAUGGCCAGUGAGGGACAGGAGAAAUAAUAACAGAAAUCUGCAAAAAAUGCAUCAUUCUUUUUUGCUUAUGGGAUAAUGCUCAAAAUAAAAAAACAAAACAAAACAUAAAUUAAAAAAAAUAUUAAUAAAAACAAACCACUCAAAGAACAAACUCCAAAAGGAAAAAAAUGUGGCACUCUAUCCUUCUUAGAGUUCUGAGAAUGUGGACAAGGUUUUUAUAAGUGAUGCAUAGUCAUUGGUUAUUAGGACGAUUGGUGUCAUGAAAAAUUGUGAAUUGUGUUCCUAUAGUAGUAACAGAGGAAAAACCAACCAAAUUAAAAAGAACACUUGUUAUUCAUUAAAGGGUGAUUUGUCAGGAAUUUUAUGGCAAGACAUGAAGCUUCAUAUUUGCUUUAACCUUCUUUACUGAACCUCCCAGCAGCAAAGAAAUAUUUAAACAUAUAGAUAAAAAAAUCAACCAAUCAGGACACAUCUUGGAACAUAUUGGUCUGUCAGGCUCCUCCUAACUUCUCUUUCUUUGCUGCUUGCCUCCCAGGUGAGUCCAAUUAUAGCUCUCUCUAUGUGUAUAUUUUAUUAUAUUAUAUAUGCAUUGUUUUGCUUUUUUUCAUAAAAUGUUUUGACUACUUUAAUUAGUUUUACCUUUCUGUUGUUAACAUGAGGUAAUUUGUGUGCUUGCUUGUCUAGCCCUUUAUGACACUGAUCUUUCCCGGGUCAGCCCACUGUCCAGUCCCUUCCCUGUGAUUUUUGCUUAAUCCCUGCUAUGUUUUUGGACUUGUGCCUCACUGAUCGUUUCCUCGGUAAGGUUCCUGUCAGGCCGCGCCACUGCUGUGGCUGCGGCCCGUUGUAGUCACGCCUGCGAUCUGUUUCUGUGCCACCCUUUGCUCGUGUCAUUGAGAGACGAGCAGUACCUGCCUUCCUCCUUCUUGCUGACGGACAUAUUUUAUUUGGCGGUUUGUCUCCUGUUUCACACACUUUUUGUGACAGCUCCGAUCGGGAUUGCAGCUCUGUUAAACUGUAAGUACAUUGCCCUCUGCUGGUUAUUUUUAUUAUUAACUGUCACUAUUAUAGAACAUUUAACUUAUCAUAGCCUAUUUGUUUUUAUUGCAGCUGCCUGUGCCUAUUAGAGGGUGACCCCCUCUUGCCUCUUUCCUAAGGGUGACCCCCUCUUGCCUUAUCUCACAGGGUGACCCCCUCUUGCCUUAUCUCUGAGGGUGAACCCCUCUAUUGUAUUUAUUACCUCCAGGGUGAACCCCAUGUUUAUUGAUUAGACAGAUUUCACUUUUAUACUGACAGUUUAACUGCCAUAACUGUGGAUGAACCCCACUGAGUCCCCUUAAAAGUGACUGAAUAUUUUGUCCCUUGCCUUUGCUUUGUCUUGUCAAGUUUGUUAAUAUAAAUAAAUAAAAAUUAUAAAUAAAAAAAAUCAUUAUACCCGUUGGUAUACUAAUUCUGUGGUGAACCCGCUAUUUUUUACUGGUCAUCCUGUCGGACCAACCAGAACCUGCAAUGUCUGCAUAACUAAAAGCCUGGCUUCAAGCUGCAAUUGCAGACUCUAUCCCCAAAGCCUUAGAAGUGUUUCAUGACCAGACAGCCACUACUGCCAGCAUCACACAAUUAUCUGACUCUGAUGAUUCCAGGGUCUCUGAUCAUGAUGAAGCCCCAGGUAAGCGCCCAUGGAAGGGUGACAGUGCUUCUGCUGGCAAAGGCAAAGCCCCAGAAAAGACAUCUAAAUUGUCUCAUGCCAAACCCACUUUAACUACAGAAUUUGACUCCUUAAAGGGCUCAACCUCUGGCUACCACCUUUGAGUGAUGGACGAUUACGAUGCUUAUCCAGAUGAGGAUCUCCCACGUGACCGUUCCUCUUCUGAAUUUGUUACGGAGACCUUCCUCCUACCCCAAGACCAGUACUUUCAGGACACUGAUCCCAUGUCCAAUACUAAUUUAGAUACUACUAAGGAUGAUAUCCUACUGGAUACCAAUGGGUGUCCACUUUUUGAUCCACGCUGUAUCAGACACCCUCGUUCAGCUGAAUGGACACCCCCUGAUCACAUUGCCAAAAAUUGCAGAUUAUGGCUUCGUAAACCUUAAGAAAAGGAAAUGAGUGCACAAUUAAGGGCAGAAAGUCCGCGACCUACAAUCCCUGAUAAGGUGGCUGUCACCCCCGAACUUGACCCACUCCUGGUCACUUUUCUAACUAAGACGGGCAAAGAUCCCCGCAAAGGCAUUGAAAUAGGCUUGAAAGCCACACAAGAUAAACUGAUGGAUAUAGCGGGCCCGCUUAUUCAGAUUUUUAUAAUUGCUGACGAGAUGCUAGCAGGUGGCAAUUUCGACACACAUGGUGCGUGAAUGGGCACAAAGAGCAUUAUGCCUGUUGGAUAUAGCGGGCCCGCUUAUUCAGAUUUUUAUAAUUGCUGACGAGACGCUAGCAGGUGGCAAUUUCAACACACACAUGGUGCGUGAAUGGGCACAAAGAGCAUUAUGCCUGUUGGGCAACGCCAAUGUUGCUAUUUCAAAUGAACGGUGUAAAGCCGUGUUAUAUAAAAUUAAUUCCAAACUGCCAGAACUAGGCACCAAAGAACUUGGUCCAGAGGCUAACGGACUGUUAUUUGGGGACAGGUUCAAACGGGACCUGAAUAAAUACUUAUCCGUGUUUACCUCCCUCAAUAAGGCACAAUUAUCCCUUCGCAGGAUGUUUAGAACCCAGCGUUGUUCUGGGGGAGCUGGUCGCUACAGGGGCUGAACGACUGGAAGAGCUGCCUUCACAGGCUACAGGUCUUGACCAUCAGAUGCUUGGAAUUUGGGCAAUCCCCAUUUCUACCACAAGCAUUUUUUUUCUCUCUAGACUAGAGGAUCCAUCAGAGGCCAUAAAUCUGCUUCCCUCCGUAGCUGCUCUGCUACAGGUAAUCGACUUUCCUUAUUCUCAACUUCCUAUAGCAGGCCGGUUAACCCUUUUUUUUUACAACAAUGGUCUCUAUAAACUCGGGAUCCAUGGAUCCUUCAAACUGUAUCUAGUUUCCAUAUAGAUUUUGCAAAUGACCCUCUACAGGGGUCUCCCCCUCCUCCUCUGCACAUGUCUCAAGAGGACAAUGCAACCCUGGAGGCUGCGCUAAACGACUUCAUUUCCAAAGGUGCUUUAGAAAGUUCUCUGUCCUCUCACAGAUUCGUAAGCAACAUGUUUCUGGUCCGAAAACAGUCGGGAGACUUUCGACCAGUUAUCAACCUGAAAGACCUAACCAAUUUUAUCGUUUACCGACAUUUCAAAAUGGAGGGUAUUAAUCUCCUGCGAGACCUACUCUGCGAGGGAGACCGGUUUUCCCAUUUUGACUUGAAAAAUGCGUAACUCACGGCUCCUAUAACACCGGCCCAUCGCUGUUUCCUACAAUUCAGAUGACAUCAAGAUUUAUGGCAGUUCACACGCCUCCCCUUUGGAUUCUGUUCCACACCUUGGUGUUUCACCAAGCUGAUGAAACCGGUCAUGACCUUGCUAUGCUCUCAGGGGAUUCAAUCCAUUAUAUAUCUGGACGAUAUCUUCCUUAUGGCCCAGGACCCAGGCACUCUACGCCUCCAUACAGACAUGACCACAGUUCUAUUACAGAACUUGGGGUUCGUGAUCAAUGUCCAAAAGUCCGUCCUCACACCGUCUCAGAUGGUUCAGUUCCUCUGAUUCCAAAUAGAUUCCAUUUUGGCUAUCCUACAGCUUCCUGCAGUAAAGAUCAGGAACAUCAAAAAAGACAUCAGGAAAAUCCUAGCCUCUUCGACUAUCCGUCUUCGCGGCUUAGCUUGCAUAAUCUGACUGCUCUCCACCUCUAUACAGGCGAUUUUCCCAGCUCCAUUACAUUAUUAUCAAUGCAACGUCUAAAGACUCGCUCUUUACAUCACUGUGCAUCUUACGACAAACAGAUCUCACUGACAGACGAAGUCCGACUCGAACUGAACUGGUGGCUACACCAUAUGGAAUGCGUGGAACGGGAGGGCGAGCUUCGUCUCACAACCGGAUUAUAUCCUAGAGUCAGAUGCCAGCCUUCUGGGUUGGGGUGCGUCAUGCGCAAAUCUCUCUACUGGAGGUCGUUGGUCCCCAUCAGAACGUGCACUGCACAUCAAUUGCCUCGAAUUGAUUGCCGGUUCGUUUGCGAUUUGCAGCUUUACAAAGGACUCUUACAAUUGUUCCCUAGUGCUGAGGAUAGACAACAUCUCAGCUGUUCAAUAUGUGAUGUUGCUCUUGUUUUGUCCUUCUUGGAGGCCUGGCUCUUCUCUCUGCUUAGUGUCUUUUAGAAGAGUGUCCGAUAUUCAAGCAUUUGACUUCCAUGCUAUUGAUUUCACUCCCCAAGGUUUCAACAUUCCUUGCCGCACUAAAACUAAUUCCUUAACGAUUACGUACCCUUACUUCUCUGACAAGCCAUCUUUCUGUGUUGCUCGUUGUGUUCAACACUACGUCUCCUCUACAUCAUCUCUAUGUACCCUGUGGGCCCCCUAUUUAUCUCUUAUGUACGACCACACAAACCAGUAUCUUGUCCCACGAUUGCCCACUGGAUUAAGUGGCUUCUCGCUUUAGCGGGCAUAGAUUCAUCUUUUGGCGCUCACUCAGUCAGAGGUGCUGCCGCCUCUUCCGCCUUUAUGGCUGGGGGAUCCCCUGCAGACAUCCUAUCGUCCACUGAUUGGUCUAGAGAAUCUACCUUCCGUACCUUUUAUUUUCGACAAUCGUCCCAUGCUUCCUUUUCUUUGUUUUCCACGCUUUAAAACAGCAAAUAUGAAGCCAUAAAAUUUGGGAUUAUUCUAGCUUCAGUGACUGAAUAAUCAAAAUUUUAUUAUAGACAGGAGGCGAAUAUUUUCCCACCCUACUGGUAUCCCAUCCCAGAUACUUUCAGGUAAAGUUUAUUGUAUUGUAUUUAUAUGUUUCUCGUAAGACUUUAUAUUAAACUGCCUGUUUUCUGUUUGCUCUGGUUAGGUGAUUUUUAAUCUACCUGGUUUUAGCUUUUAGAUUUUACCAUAGUUUUAUACUCAUGAUAUCCAUGGGGUAUAUCUGUGUAUGUAGAUAUCUUGCAGACACCCAGUCCAAGUGACUAUACUUUCACAAUAUUUCUUUGUCUUUUUAGUGUGAAGUUUUGUCUACAUGAGCCACGAAGACUACGUUCCUUUGGUCUCCAGUAUCGGUUCUGUUCUGGUUUACAUGGCUGAUCACUCAUGUUUACACGGUUGACUACACUUAUGAUUGGCUGCAUCAAGAAAGAGGAGUUGGGAGGAGCCUGACAGACUAAUAUGUUCCAAGAUAUGUUCCGAUUGGUUGAUUUUUUUAUCUAUAUGUUUCUUUGCUGCUGGGAGGUUCAGUAAAGAAGGUUAAAGCAAAUAUUAGCCUCCUGUCUUUAAUACAAUUUAGACUAUUCAGUCACUGAAGCUAGAAUAAUCCUAAAUUCAAAAUUAAAUUAAAGCACUUUUCAGUUGUUUACGUACCUUUCUAAAGCAUUCCUCUCAAUUGCCAGUCAGUAAUAGGUUGAAAGCAUCAGCUAAUGCUCUCAGCUUAUCAAUUGUGCCAGAGGUGAAAAGCUUCCUCACUAGUGCUGAGGGUCGAAGAGAGGGAGACAAAGCAGCAGAUCAGAAGUUUGACAGGAGGACAGCUUAGGGGUUAGACUGUUCAAUAAGAGUGUAUAGAGGAUAUGACGGUGCGCAGAGUCUCUAGACCACAUAAAGACUUUAUUGAGAUUAAGUUUUCUUGGGUACUUGUGUGUUCCUUGGCUUAUUAUACUAAUAGAAUUAACCCUGCACAUUCACUAAAAUGUUAGCAACAGAUUGUUUAUGCUUCCAUGAAUUUGAGGCAACACAUUAUUAUUAUUAUUAUUAUUAAUAAUAAUUAUUUUUCUUAAUGGAAUAAGAGUUGUGCAUUAAAUAAUUUAGAUGCUCAUUAAUUUUGCAUUUUUAUUACUCCUUUUAGUUAUGAACAACAACAAUAUGUGGAAAAUAACCCAAUAUAUGGAAAUCUGAAUCAACUAAUACAUGGUAAGUGAAGUCACUUUAAAAAUAUGAACCCCUAAUUUGGACUAACAAGAUGUGAUACUGAGCUACUAUCCAGUUAUUUUCAAUUUGUAUAACAUACCUCAUGAUGCCUGUCACUGAUUUCCUGUGAUUCUGUUCCACCCUCUUUUUGGAGAACAUUUGGGUAUAUUGUUUAGCCUGAGGUUGCUUAGUUCAAACAUUGGUGUAGACUAGUUUUUGUAUUAUGCUCAGCUGAAGUAUCAGAAUUACAUAAAACAGAGAGGAAAUUUGCUCACCAAGGAUGAUGGUGAGAAUGAUGGUGAUAAAUAAUGAUGGUGAUAAAUAAAACUUGUGAAGAAAUUAAGCUAGGUAGGACAUUGUUAUGACUUUUAAUUCUGUGAUGUCUAGAGGCUCUUUCUCGAAGGAUAAAUUGGUGGCCGACAUUACAGUCCUUCCAAAAGAGAGUAGGAACCCAGAAGCCAGAUCUUUGUGCAAGCUCCUGAAUGCAAACUUGAAGUUUUUCUCCAAAGUACUUGCUGAAAGGAUUGAACCUCUCCUUUGUCAUCUAGUCCACCAGGAUCAAUCAGGAUUUUUUUCUGGACCAGGAAACAAAGGACAGCACUGCUCUACUCUUUAACAUCUAGCAUAUGGUCCAUCUUCAAAAGAGGCAGAUGUUGAUAUUAUCAACAUAUUUGCAUUCUAUAUUUUGAAACCAGCCUCACUCCUGUUGGAGCCAUAGGACAGAAGAGGGAUUCCUACUGCACAUUUGUUGGGCAUGUUCAAAGAUAGUGCUGUUUUUGAAUAGCAUUUAUGUUGUCUGGUUGAGAGUCCCCCUCGUUUCCAGCCUGUGGACUACUUACUUCAGUAUACUAAAUUGCCCAUUUCCAUCUACACAAAAAUUCUCAUGUUUAACAUCUUUUGGUGCUUCCAAAACAUUGAUUCUGGUCCUUUGGAAGAGCAUUGGCCCUCCAAAGUUCCAAUAAUGGGUAGCAAUUGUUGAGGAAAUGAAGCCUAUAGAGGAGAUGACUGCAUUCCUACACUGAGACAGGCAGACAGGAGCGGUAUGACUCUACUUGAUCUCUGUGACUCAAUAUCCUUGAUGAGGAAGACCAGGAGUGGAGAGGAGAGUGUUGAUGGGGUCAGUCAUCUCUUUCCUGUUCCUAUAUCCUUUAUAAUUAUCUUUCUUGAAAUCUUGAAGGCGAGCAUUAGAGGUGCGAGUACAGACAGAAGAUAGACGUAAGUCUUUGGCAGAUCGUAAGGGCCUAGAUGGCACAUACUUGUGUAUAAGAGAGGAGGUGGGAGCAGCAUUAUGUAGCGAUUUGAAAGCAAGAACCAGAAUUUUAAAUUGCCAGUGUAAGGGACUGACAGCAGGGUGAGGCAAGGGAGAUGCGGGCGGACAGGAAGAUGAGCCUCGCUGCCGCAUUCAAUAUGGACUGUAAUGGUGCAAGUUGGGAGCACUUAAGACCACUGAGAAGCGGAUUACAGUAGUCAAGGCGAGAAAGGACAGUGGAAUGGACACACACCUUAGUCGCAUCUGGCGUUAAGUAGUGGCGGAUGCGUGCAAUGUUUUUGAGAUGGAAAUGACAGGAUUUGGCGAUAGACUGAACAUGAGGCUUGAAGGAGAGGUCGGAGUUAUAGUUCUGUUAUAUUGUUUAUUACUUGAUACUGUAAGUCAGCAUACAUCUUUUAUCAAUGUCCCCCUAGUGUGAUGUAUACUGCUCUUCCAUUAUCUUUCUUCUGCUCUUAUCCCAUCCCCUGUGUGGGAUGUCUUUUAGUAUUUUUAUUACUUUCCAUUUGUCUUUUGAAAAACAAUCCUAAAUGGAAAUUAACAAAUGUGUAUACAGCUUCCAUUGACCUGUCAUAUAGUGUUUUAUACCCCACCUCAUAUAGACUGUAAGCUCAUUUGAGCAGGGUCCUCUUCAACCUAUCGUUCCUGUAAGUUUUUUGUAAUUGUCUUAUUUAUUGUUAAAUCUCCUACUCUGUUGUCUAUUAAAAAAACUGGUUUGUGCAGAUCAAAGUUACAAUAUGCCAGUUUUGCCUGACAUAUUGUGGUCUAACCAGAGCUAAUUACUACAGUUUGCUAAACCAGAUGCAAACAUUGGCAUUUCAUGUGUUCAUCAACUAUAUUACCCAUCAUGCUCUGCCAGCCUUCAGGAUAAUUUUUUAUCUCAAAAAUUUGUGUUGCCAAGGCUUUGCUACAGCAGAAUUACGUGUCGAGGUACGAAGGAAAUAAAAGUAAGCAGAUAUGAUAUGAAAUUGGAGAGGUGUUCAGGUAGACUAUGGGAAACAGGACACACAAAGUCUGUAAACUGUGUACAAGAAAAUAAAAAUAUUUUUUCUACAAACGUGUACAUUUUAUCAACAUUUGGAAAUGGAAAUGUAAUAUACCUUUGUAUGAUCUUAUGAUGUAUUUGUUUUUAAAAUCAAUUUCGUUUAGUAAUGAACAAAUUGUUUCUGCUUCUUUUUAGAACAUAAUAAUGAGGGUUGCUACGUACAGAUGUCUCAUCCCUAUCAGAGAAACACAGAUGAUAUUGUGGUAUGUUUUUAACAAUCCAUUUAAUUAAUCUACAUUAAACCUUAUCUGUCUUCUCUCUGUCAUAAAAAUAUUUGAUGGUGCAAUCAUGCAAAUAAGCACAUUUUUAGCUUGACAAUUAGCUAUUAAUUGAAAAAAAAAGUUCUAGAUUCUUAUAAGUAGCCCACCCAGUUGUGAACAAGAACCUCUGCAAGUUCUCCUUCUCCCCCAGAAAAACCUGAAUUGUUAAUUGUUAGGAUAAUUGAGGCACUAUAAAUAUUCUUUAGAGUUUCUGGCCCAUGUUGAAAUGAUAGCAUCAUGCAGUUUCUGAAGCUUUGUCGCCCUUACAUUCAUGCUGCUCCUCUCACAUUCCACCACAUCCCAAAGGUUGGAUUGACCUCUGCUGACUGUGAAGGCCAUUAUGGCUGGAUUUUCCAUUAAAGCGGCACUGUCAUGCCAAACUUACCUUUCUUUAAUCAAUUCCUCUUCUCUCCCUCUGUCAGUCUUGUCUGCAGUUUUCUUUAAAACAUAAGGCAAAAUAGGGAUGCUCAGGGGUGGGGGCUUGGGGAGACACAAAAGGUCCACCCCUCAUUGUGAUUUAGGGCCCCCACCUGCCACUCAAGGGUGGGGGCCGGUGGGGGAGGCCAAUAGGGUCCCCCGCAACAUUCUCAUUUAGGGCCCCCAGCAGCCGCUCAUGGGUGGGGGCCGGGGGGAGGACAAUAGCUCCCCCCCUCAUUAUUAUUUAGGGCCCCCUCCUGCUGCUCAUGUGUGGGCGCCGGGGGGAGGACAAUAGGUUCCCCACCAUUGUUAGUUAGGGCCCCCACCCACCACUCAGGGGUGGGGCCAGGGGGAUGCUAGGUCCCCCCUUAAGUUUUAUAGCCCCCACUUGCGCAUCAUGGGUGGGGGCUCGAGACGGUGGAUACUAGGUUGUUUUUUUUGAACAGUGAGCAGCCACUGUUUAGUAGACAUGUCCCUACUUACGGUAUAGUGAGUAGGGGCAGAUUAUUUACUAAUUCUAAGUAAUCUUUACUUAGUAUUAGUAAAUUUGGCUGAAAGACCAAUUUAGGUCUUUCAGCCUUUUGGUAGAUAGCUCCCUGAUAACAUGAGAAUUAGGGAGUUAUCUACUAAGCGGCUCGAAUAGGAUCAGAGUUUCAUUCAUUCUAAUGAAAUUCCAAUCUGAACAAAGUCCUGAAUUGCAGUCUAACAUGAAUGGAGAAACUGUUCUCAUUCUAUUAGGACGCAAUUCGGUAGUUUUGCCGGCGUUCUGUCUAAAUGACACGACGUUCGGGAAAAGUGAAAGGAAGCAUACGGUUGGAAGGCCGUAGAGGCUCUGCGCCUCUGUAAAUGUUAGGAGGUGAGUAUUUUGGUACAGCUGAUGUAUGUGUUCCCAUAUUCUGUAGUUGAAGUUCGGUAUCAUGGGCAGAUAUUGGCAUUGCUCUAGAGUGUGGGACUUGUGAGCAGCAGAUUUGUUUGUUUUUUUCCCAUACCCGUACCGUCGCCUCUGUGGUCGGCAAUAUGUUGGUGUUUUGAGGUCUGCUUUGUUUAGGGGACCAGAUUAGUGCCAUAAGGGCGUGUGGUUUGACUGCGUCUUUUUCUAUCGUUACCCAUUGAGGCGGUGGGCUCUGACUAUGGAGUGGUAUCAUGCUAUUUAGAAUGCCUUGUAAUAUGUUUGGAGGUUGGGUGCAUUCAUUGCGCCCUCGGGAGUUUUUUGGUAAAGAAUGUGUGCUCUCACCCUUGGUAUCUCAUAGUCCCAAGUGAAUUGGUUGAGUAGUCUUUGUGCUUCCUUAAAAUACGUGUUCGGGAGGUGGAUAGGUAGUGUUCGGAAUAAGUAUUGGAAUUUGGGGAUUAUUAUCAUUUUUAUGGCAGCUAGUCUGCCGGUCCAUGAGAGGUCCUUUUUUCGCCAGCUAGUUAAUGUGGCUUGAGUUUCUCUUAGGAGUUUCUGGUAGUUAUCUUUAUAUAGGCCUGGGGUGGUGGGUGUGAUGAUUAGUCCUAAAAAGGUUGUCUGAUUUCCACUCAAAGUUGUAUUGUUUUUGCAGGGUUAGUAGCCGGUGUUUGGGCAUGUUUAAGCCUAAGGCUUGUGUCUUGGUCAGAUUGAGUUUAUAAUAUACCGCAAAUACUGCUAUAUUCCUGUAGUAUUUGGAGAAAUGUUGGGAUAGAGCUGUAGAAGUUUGUGAGUGUAACAGAAUAUCAUCUGCGAACAAUGUGAGUUUGUACUCGUUUGAUCCGACCUGAACUCCAUGAAUAUCUGGGUUUUGUCUGAUAAGUGUCGUGAGUGGUUCCAGCGCCAAAACAUAUAGCAUCGGGGAGAGGGGGCAGCCCUGCCUGGAGCUAUUGGAGAUCUCGAAUGGAGAGGAUGUAAAUCCUCCUCCUACCACUUUAGCUAUCGGGUUGCUAUAUAGGGUUUGUACUAUCGUGAUAAACAUAUCUGGAAAUCCAUAUUUCCUUAGGACCGCGAGGAGGAAUGGCCUGUGCAGUCUGUCGAACGCUUUCUCAGCGUCUAACGAGAGAAAUACACUGUGCCCCCCUCAGCGUCUGCUUUAAGUUGAGUACCUUGCGUGUUCCGUCACUGCCCUGUCUUCCCUUGGUAAACACUACUUGGUCUUGAUGUAUGAUCGUCGGGAGAAUGUUGGCUAGUCUGUGUGCAUAUACUUUAGCGAUGAUUUUUAUGUCUGUGUUUAACAGUGAAAUCAGACGUAGGUUUUGCCCUUUGUUUGGGAUUUUACCUGGUUUAGGGAGAGUUGUGAUGUGCGCCAUAAGCAUAUCUGCUGGAAUUUUCCCCUGUGUGGUGAUUGUAUCGUAUGUUUGAAGAAGUUGUGGUGCUAGGGUGUGCACAUAUGUUUUAUAAUAAAUGUUUGGGAAACCGUCUGGGCCUGGUGAUUUACCUGAGGGAAGUGACAUUAUUGUUUGAAUAAUCUCUUGUUCUGAGAUCGGGGCUUUUAAUGUAUCUGCAUGAUUUUGGGAAAUUGGUGGUAGCAAUAUUUUCGCUAAGAGGGAUUGUAUCUCAAGCGUGGUGGGUUGGUGCGUUUGGGCAUCAGCUUUAAGGGUUGUAUAGUGUAGUGUAGUAUUGGCUAGUUCAUCAACUAUGUUUUGUGGGUUGUAUAAUUUUUUUCCUUCCGUGGUUAAGAUAUAUGGGCUCUUGUUUUGGGCAUAUUUGAGUCGUAAUUGAGUGGCAAGUAGUCUGCCUGUUUUGUUGUUCUAGUUGUAGCUUCGGGUUUUGAGUUUUUGCAUCAUGUAUGUCGUUUUUGACAUCGCUAUUGUGUUUAAUUGAUCAGUCAGGUUCUAAAUUUUCUUUAGUAGGGAGUCAGUGGGUUGUAUAUAGUGUUGUGCUGUGGCGUCUCUGAGGUCUCUCAGGAUUGUUGUUUGGUCUUUUUGUGCUUGCUUUUUAAGGAAUGAUGCUCGGCUUAAAAAAAGCCUUUGCAUGACUGAUUUAUGAGCUUGUCAGAUCAUUAUAGGGGAAGUCUCUUUAUUGUUAUUUGUGGAGAAGUAUUCUGUAAGCUCUGUUUGGAUGACGUUUCGGAAAGUGUCAUCUCGCAGCAGGGAUUCGUUCAAUCUCCAGGGGGCAUACCCUCUGGAUGCAAACUCUGUCGAUAUGGUCAUGAUGUUGGGCGCAUGGUCCGACCAUACUAUGUCUCCUAUUUCACAGUGUAGGACUCUCCAGAGGAGGGGCCCGGUAGAGAGAAUGUGAUCUAUUCUAGAGUGUGUUUUGUGGGCUUGGGAGUAAUGAGAGUACUGACGGUCUGUUGGGUGUAGAGCCCUCCAUGUGUCAUAGAGAUUGAACUCCAUUAUCAGUUUUGUUAAAGCCUGGCAUUGUGGUUUGAGAUGUUGUUUGCGGGAGUGUGAGGUAAGCGAGGAUGUGUCUAAGGUAAGGUCCAAGAUAUGGUUUAGGUCUCCGCAGACCAUCGUGUGUUCGGUUUUGAUGGGCUCGAGUUUAGAGAAGACUUUAUGGAGGAAGUUUCUUUGUUGUGUAUUGGGGCUGUAUAUGUUCACUAUGGUAUACUUAACAUCGUUAAUCAUGCAGAGAACUAUGAGGAACCUUCCUUGGCUAUCUGUGAUUAGCUUGAGUAGCUCAAAUGAGAGGGAUUUGUGGAUAAGCAGGGAGACGCCUCUGGCUUUGGAAGUAUGUGCUGCGUGGAAUUGUAUAGGGUAGUCUUUAAGGCCAAAUUUGGGGAUGCAAAGUUUUACAAAAUGGGGAGGGGGUAGGAAAGUUCCCUGCCAAGGGGGAGUGGUGGAUGAGGGGUGCACCUUGGGGUCGUCCGUAUUGUCUAUACAGUACUCGUGGCUACCUGGGCUUGUGGUAGCUUGUUUGUGUAGUUUGGAGAAGUCAAAACAGUUUGUAUAAGUUUAACAAUAAACAUAGAAACCAACGAAUUCAAUAUUGUUGAUAGAUGUAUUACAUGCAUAGAACCAUGAGCCGGUGAGCUCUGCUUCCCUCCUCCCUCACUGUGUUUGUAUAAUAUGGGUUGAGCCGGUUACCGCCAUGAGGCUGUGAGUAAGUUUCCUGGGUUAUGCCUGUAUUGGGGACCAUGGGGUUUUCCCUUAUGGGGUCGAAUUUGGUGCCUAGGUCUCUUUAAAGGGGGUAUUCUUUAUUAGUUUGUAGUUGUUUAGUAUUUUUUUUUCCCCCAAUAAUGUAUUCUGUGGUCCCCCUCUCUCAUUCUGGGUGAACGGCCUUGCGGCCCCCUAGUGUAUCAGGUCUCUAUUAUUGCAUCCCCAGGUCCCUCUUAUAAACUAAGAUUGUUCCUGUGUACUGUGGCUUUCACGGCACCUGCCACAUAUUGUCAGCCAGGUGAUUUUUGGUGUGCCUGAUGUUCCUGACCUGUGUGUUGUGUGUGGCAUAAAAGUUAGUUGUUAGGCUCCAGUAGAGGGUAUAAACCUUGGGCAUAGUUUGGCUUGGGGGGUGCUACGGUUGCAAUACUUGCGUGUCUGGCAACCUGAUUAGUAUACAUCAGAGUUGAAGAAAAUGCAGUGCUCAGUCACGGUUUUUAGGCUUUUUUCCAGUCUUGGGUUAGUUUGGUAGGUGAGGUUAUGGGUGGUUGGCGUCCUGCUUGGGAGAGUUGUAGGCCCCAUGUUCGUAUUGCCUUCAAUCUGUUUGCCGGCAUGGUCAGGGGGUUGAAUUCUCCAUUUCUCCACAUGAGGAGUUUUGUGGGGUAGCCCCAUCGGUACCUGAUUUUGUGGUCUCGGAGGGUCGCCAUCACCUGAUGGAAGGCUCUUCUUUUCUUCAGGGUCGCCUGGGAUAGGUCCGCGAAUAUCUUUAUGUCUACAAAGUCUGGUGGUAGGCGUGUUGUGCGGCUGGUCUUCAAUAUUAACUCUUUCACGUGGAAAUAGUGAGCACGUAACAUCACAUCUCUUGGUGUGGUUACCGGCAGGUGUUUUGGUUUUGGGAUCCUGUGAACUCGGUCCAAAACAAGCAUGUCGGAGGGAAUGUCCGGUGCCACCACGUUGAAGAGGUCGCGGACGUAUCUAGGUAAGUCGUCCUGUGUGAUGGCCUCCGGGAUCCCCUUCAGGCGGACGUUAUUCCGCCUGGACCUAUCCUCAGCAUCUAUUAGUUUUGUUUCCAUGUUUUCUAUAGUUUUCUGUAGGUGGGAUACCUGAUCUGCCAGCUCAUUAUGAGUGAUGGCGUAUUCCGCCAUUUUCGUUUCUGUGUGGGUGGUUCUUGUGCCCAGGUCAAGGAUAUCCUUGUGGAGUGUAUCCACGCUGGUGGUCCAUUACUGGAUCAAUUUAGCCGACAGUACCUCCAUUGCUUCUUGUGCUUUGGGUUGGGUCCCCUGUCUCUGGGGAAGAGCCGCCCUCAUCUGAUGAACCACCGCCAUCCCGGACUAUGGCCUGCACAUGCAAAGCCGUUUGGCUGGGUUUCUGUGCAAAGAAUUUGAGUUUUGCUUCCUUGGAUGCGUUUUUUUUGUGCUUGCCUUGUGACAUGCUUAAGCUGGCUAUGUAGAUUUUCAUGUUAGCUUCUCAGAAUUGCUUAAUUGUGGAGCCCAUGUGCCGCAGCAAAGAUUUAAGCAGCCAUCUUGCUCGGCUGUUAGCCACGCCUCCCAUUGUCUUAUGUUUUAAAGAAAACUAGAGCAGACAGGAAGAAAUGAAGAACAGAUUCUGACAGAGGGAGAAAAGAGGAAUCGAUUAAAGAAAGGUAAAUUCGGCAUGACAGUACAGCUUUAAGCAGAGUAUGCACCUGCAUGCUAGAUAGGGGCACCAUGGGUGCUUAUGCUUGUUGUUAUGCUUGUUGCUAAAAAGGCCAGGCUGCCCUUGGAGAUUUGCUGUCUUUCCUGCAGACUUGAGAUGAAGCUCCAGGACUCUGGGAUUACUAAUUUAAAUGAUUGCUAUAACCCUUUGGACAGGGGGUACCUUUCUGGCAUCAUAUACCCUACUGGACUCUCUGGGGAAGGCCCCCGUCUCAAUUUGCAGUAAAAAAAAAAGUUUUUUUCUUAGUUUGAAUCUAGUGCCGGAUGAGGCUCCUGAUGCUGAUCUGACUUCAAUGAGGCCACGCGCGGUCAAAUCACAGACUUCUCAUACAGAAGCCUGUGAUUAGACCUAUUCGCCGUUCAUGUGAGUUUAUGUUUAUGCUGCUGGCCAAGAGAAAGCGAAGAAUUAAAAAAAAAAAAAAAACAAUGAGGUGGGAAUACAAUGUGGGAGGGACGGGAGAGCUAUCUUCCCGUAGCAGGAACAUUGCCUGCAAGGUUUUCACGUCUGUUGGCAGCGUGCAGUGCAUGUUGACGACACGUUUAUUAUGCACAGAAUUGACAUUGGCAGCCUGGAAAAGAGUGCUUUGACACAGAAAUUGACAAAGGCUCAGAGAGGGGCCAAAAUGCUGUCUCUUCAUUUUUGUUCCUAAUAAAAGACUGCAUUUUAGAAGAAACCUCAGGAGUGCCUGUGUAUUUAUCCCUUUCUAUGGGAACCCUGCAAACAGUAUUCAUCCUUUACAGUGUGUGCAUUAUACUCUUGUUUCCUUGGAAAAGAGUUCUGGGCUGCCAAAUUCAAAUGAGUGGGAAGGGCAGGGAGUUGGGGGUACGACUAGGGAAUACGACUGAAGAGGAUGGACCCUUCCACUCAGACUUAACACAGAAAUCAAGAGACAGUGCAGUGGUAUGGGACUACUACACUCAAUGCUACACCCCCCCCCCCCACUGCAUAUGAUGCUACACAUAUUGGACACAUACUGACACACAUGGACAUAUACAUAUUCACAUAUGUAUACAUUCACACAGAAACAUACACACAAUGUACAUACACACAAAGAGACAUAUUUAUGUAACUUGGGAAACACAUUCAUAUUCAAAUUGAUAGUGCAUUCAAACACCCAUUCUUUCAGUGUAGCAAACUAACCAAAACAUCAGAUACGCAAAUACAUUUGCUGAAGAACACUACAUAAUUAAAUGGCACCUAUACAUGAUAUAGAAUUUAAAUGGUUUUAUUGUGUUUUAGAUUAUACAUACAACAAUUAAAGACAAAUAUUAUACAAAAACAGUACAGUACAAGAGUUAAAUACAUAUAUUAUUGUUUAGUAUAUUUCUCAGGUUAAAUAAUUUGUUUAGACAAUUUAUAUCAAAAUUUACAGCUUAUCUAAUCAAAAUAAAUUAUAUAUAUUAUUUAUUAUUAAAAAAGUGCUUACGUGCACUGUCUUCCCCUCUAUCUGGACUUCCCAGCAGGACGGAGCCAUUCCCCCCCCUCCAGUGCACACGCAUGUGCACUACACCAGGGAUUGAUGCGGACUGAGUUGAGAACCGCUUAGGGGUGGAGGCCGGAUGAAGUUUGCGGAAGUCCGUGACGUCACUUCCGUCAACCAUCUUGGUCGGCCCCAACACUUCCGCCAACCAACACUGUCCACCAAUGAUAUCAUAAAGAGAAAAUAGCGCAGAGAGAAAAUAAGUUGUUUUUUAUACUGUGUGAAAUCUGGAAUUGAUAUUUGUUUCCAAGAUCUUGCGAUAACUAUUUUUGCGGACAUAAGACAGCGAAGAAUCAAUAUUUGAUGAUUUUUUGGGAGUUUACCCCAUUUAAGGUGAAGCAGACCAGUUUCUGAGGAUUUCUUUAGAUUUAUAUUAAAAACUGACAUAGAGGAGUAUAUUGAGUCCCAGAAUGUAAUUAUUCUUGGACAGUUCCACCAAAUAUGUAUCAUAGACCCUUCCUGAGCUAAACAUCUCCAGCAGAGUGGGGAAUUAGUCACAGAUAUAUUAACCAAUCUAGUUGGAACUAAGUACCAUCUGUGAAGUACUUUAAAAAAAAUUCUAUAAUAUUAAGGCAAUAUAUAUGCUUUUUAAUUAAUCUCAAAGGGGAACACCAUACCUUGUCUGUAAUUGUAUGGUUCAAAUCUUUUUCCCAUUUCUUUUUAGCUGAAGGUUCUAUACUUGAGUAAGAUUGUCUAAUUAAUUCCAUAGCUAUAGAGCUAACUGCUUUAAUCUCCCUUCUUUUAAAGAUUGUAUGUAUUAGGUUAUUCUUCUCUCCUUCAAGCUUUAGGAGGAAUUUAUUUAAAAAUCUCUCACUCUUAAAUAAGUGAAAAUUUCUUUAUCUGAGAUAUCCAAUUUUGAUUUUAAGUUUUUAAAUGGACUCAAAUUAAAAUUUCGGAGGAGUUCCUCAAUAAAAAUUUCCUUACGAGCUCUACAUGUGCCAUGAUUUAAGUCAGGCAUGACUCUUUUAAGGACUCAAAUGUUAGCUCCCUCAAAUAUUUUAUUGGCUAUAUUGAUAUUCUUUUUUUUAUUAAUUGCCAUUCUUCUAUAAGAUUGUUUACAAUACUUGAGUGAAAUUGCAUUAAAUGAUAUUUAAGAUUAGUAAAAUCAUCCCAUAUCAGAAGAGCCAAGCCUUUUUCCUCUAUUCUAAAUGUUUCUAUCUUAAACUAGGCUGACUCUCUCGAGUUUUGGAUCUGAAAUAUAUGAAUAUGGGUGAUAAUGUUGGCCCUAUAUAUAUCCUUUAUUAAAGGGUAUCCUAUAUCUCCUUCAUUACUUUUUUUUGUUAAUGUUUGAGAUUUAAUUCUUGGAGUCUUUCCUUUCUAUAUAAAGUUGGAUAGAGAAUGCUGGACCAUAUCUAAUCAAGGCUUUGGAAAUUUUAAUGGAAUCAUAUUAAACAGAUAAGCCCAUUUCUGCCAUUCCUUAAGGAUUCUAUUAGUAUAUUUUAUCAUUUUCAAAAAAUUGGCUUUGACUAUGUCUUUUGGGUUUGCUGUUUAAGGAUUCCCAGGUAUUGCAAAUCUUUCUUAGACCAAUGAAAAUUGUAAUUAUCUUUUUAAAAGACUCAAAGAGGAAGGAUUAAGAUUUAUAGUCAAAGCUGUUGUUUUAUGGAUAUUAAUUUUGUAGUUGGAGAUAUCCCCAUAUUUUUGGAUCUCCUGCAUUAGGUGAUCAAGUGACAUAGAAGGUUUAGUAAUAGAAAUCAAAACAUUGUCCGCAUACAAACAGAUUUUAAAUUCAAAGUCAUCUUAUGUCAGAGUUGUUUCUAAUAGUAAUCGCAAGCGGCUCAAUAGAAAGAACAUAUAAGAGGGGAGACAGGGGGGGCAACCUUGCCUAGUCCCAUUUGUAAUAUCAAACCAUUCUGUACAAAAGUUAGAUCCCACUAUUCUGGCUGUUGGACAAGUAUAUAAGACUCUGAUAGCAUUUGCUAUCCAUCCUUCGAGCCCAAAUGCUGGUAAGGUUUUCUUCAUAUAUCACCAUCCUACCCUGUUGAAGGCCUUUUCUGCAUCCACCGACAGGGUCAGAAGGGGCGUCCCUGAGGAUUGAGCGUAUUCAAAGAUAUCAAUCAUCCUACGUGUAUUAUCACUAGAGUGACGGCCAUUAACAAAACCUAUUUGAUCGACAUGGAUCAAAUCAGGAAGUAGUGGAGUUAGUCUAUGGGCUAAAACUGAAGCAUAAAUCUUGACAUCUGUGUCAAUUAGUGACAUUGGUCUAUAAUUCGUAAUAUCUGUUGGAGGUUUAUUCAGUUUCAAAAUAGGUUUUAUGUUGGCUCUUAAUAAUUAUUUUGUUAUGUUGCCUGUAGUGCCAGUUUCAUUGAUAUUGCUGUUAAUUUUGAUGAAAUAACAUCUUUAAAUAUUUUAAAGAUUACAUUUGAGAAGUCAUCAAGGCCUGGUGUUUUUGAAGUUUGAAGAUUGUUUAUAACUAAGUUCACUUCUUCCUUUGUUAUUUCUUGAUUUAGUUUCUGUUUUUGUACUAAAGUGAUUUUUGGAAAUUUAUUUUUUUUCGAAAUAUUUAUCAAUGGCCGCCUCUAAAGGGCUAUCUUCUAAGUUAUAUAGCUUCUGAUUAUAUUUCCUAAAGGAAUUACAAAUACUAUCUGGGGUCAAUAAAACAUUAUCUCCUUCAAUAAUUUUAUAGAUCUUGUUAUCUACUUUGUUUUUUUUAAAUCUAUUUGUUAAUAUUCUGUCAACUUUAUUGUUGCGAUAAUAAUUUUAAAUUUUAAGUCUUUUCAAAUUAAAUUCAAUCUUCUCAAGGGUCUUUUAGUUUAUCAUAUUUUCAUAUUGUUUAAUGAGAUCAACAUUUUCUUGUGAAUAUUUCUCUUUAUUCUGGGCUAUUAAAUUAUAUAGUUUUAUAUGAAGGUCUAACAAGGCCAAUCCCUCAUUCUUUUCUUUCUUGACUUGCUAAUUUUAUCAAAUGACCUCUGAUUACAGCCUUGUAGGUGCACCAAAGAUAAUUGUUAGAUGUAUGUUCUGGUAGAAUUUCAUCAAAGAAUUUUUUUUAUAUAGUCUUUGGGUUUUUUUUGGUUGCUAAUAUAGGCUUAAGUCUCCAUGGUGGAGGAUGUUUUCUCCCUAUUUCUUUUAUUUCCAAUAUAAGAAUUUCAUGGUCAGAUCAUGUAUUAACUUUUUUACAAACAGAUUUUACUUUUUUAACUAAAUCAGAAUCUCCCCAACACAUAUCAUGAUAAAAUACUUAACUUUUAUUGAGGCUCAUUUUAUUUUUAUCACAGAAAUGCACAUUAGUGGGUAAGUGCCAGCAGACAGCAUCCAGAAAGCUUAACUUAAUGCGUUUCACAUCUCAUGUAGCGCUUACUUAUGAGCAGUGAUACACAGUGCUUAUGAGUAAGUACUGUAACGGAUCGCCUGGCACCCCGACUGGGUACCUCAGUUGAAAGAUGCUCCUAGCGCUUCCUGAGGACUCCAAGCACUGCAGCAGACACCACAAUCACCGAACCAGAGAAGCGUUUACCUUCUCUCAAGCAUAUGAAUGCUGUAGAAAGUUGAAUAGGAACCAUACGAAUAGGUUUACUCUCCUAGCAGUCAAACUGGAACAGCAUACAAUAAAUCCUUCCCCCAAUAAUGAGACGACACUUCACUUUGAGGGUUAAAACAGGAACUCCCUGUACUGUCACAUACAGUCUCUUUUAUUCCCAAUCCACAAACAUAGUACAGCCCACAGGGCGUUACAAAACAGCCAAUCAAUCCAUACAAUACACCCAGACACUCCCACACAAAAUCCUCCCCUCUGGCUGUGAUAUGAUUACUGAGCCAGAGAAAUACAGUUUCAUAAAACACAUCACAGGGACCCCAAAACAUGCAAUAACCCCAUAAAAAUAUAUCCUUGGAACUGGGGGAUCUGGGUGAACCACAUAUCCAAAAUUCACCCAGAGCCGUUCAGUACUUUGGAAAAUACAGUUUAAUGCAGAUUCUGCAGAACAUAUACAGGCUAAAUAAAAACAAUCACUGUAUAAUGUGUCCCCUGCUGUAUAGUCCAAAACCACCGCACGAUGUCUCUGUGCAACAAAUACUGGCGAGAUGGCACCGUGUUGAAAAGUCCACACAGUGUCUGUGAGUUAAAAUGGCCGCCAUCCAUUGUUCUCACCAUGUGCUUCUGAUACAGGAAAUGGUGGCCACCCAGUAACUCCACAGUGUGUCCCCAGAUGGUUCUUAAAAGGGCUAGCAGCAGCACAACACAAAUCCAUUAUGCACAAAUCAUGUCUUUAAAGGGCAAUACAUCCCAGGGGCCAUAGUCAUAUGGCAGGAGGCUGGCAACCAGGCUUCUCCAGUGCAUAGUGGCGAGGUUGGUUCCGCCACAAGUACUAUCUCAGCUGGUGUUUUUCAGUUACCAACAGAUAUGUACUGAAAAAAAAAAACUUCUAAAAAAGGUAACUAAUACAUACUUUUAGCUCAGUAAUAGCCAGGUGAAUAUAAUGAUAGGUUAAUAGGCACUUCACAUGUUUUUUUGUUUUUUUUUAGUUCUUAAAACCAGGUUACUGUUUUGGACAUAAUAUAAUUAAAUUCUAAUAGUCAAAAAAUUGGCUGUUAGAAAAUAGAUAAGAGGGAAUAAGACAAACCAUUAGUUAAAAAAGCUCUUAAACUGGAAAGACAGGAUCUCAUCAAAUCCUAUACAUAUAUACAGACAGAUAGAUUAAAAAAUAUCCAGGAGCUUAUAUUAACACUGACAUAAACACAUAUAUUAUUCAAACAACAUGGAAAUUGGAUGGCUUGAUAAUAAUAUUAUUCAAGGAGUCCAAAUAGUGACUUGUGCACCAAAUUAGUCCGAAAAAGAAAGAGAAUACAAUGUAUCAUAAAAAACUCUAACUUGCAAAGAUAUCCUUUGCAAGAUUAAACGAGGUUGAUAUGAAUUUGAUUUACAUUCAUAUAAGAAGGUCUUAGCAUAAGAAAAAAGUAGAAAACUGAAAAAAUUAACAAUAAAAAUAAUAAUAAGAUCGGGCUUGUUAGUUUAGCAGACCAACACCCUAGUUAAUAGUCCAGAGCAGAAAACUGGGAUAGCUGCCAGAAAAUAUAACUGUGACAGCUAAGAAAUGUAUCCAGUGGUUACCAGGAAUCUCUUCUCUCUAACCCGUGUGUGGAUUCAGUAAUCUGCAGCCUUACGCGUUUCAUAGGGUACUGCCCUACUUCAUCAGAUAUGCCUCUGAUGAAGUAGGGCAGUACCCUACAAAACGCGUAAGGCUGCAGAUUACUGAAUCCACAGACGGGUUAGAGAGAAGAGAUUCCUGGUAACCACUGACGUUUUCUGUUUGGAAAACAGCGUCAUCCUGGAGGCUUACCUCUUGAUGUGAGAUCAGAGAGACAGUUCCGAGGACGCGGACGCCGCCCUCACCGGCUCUGCAUAUUGGAUUUGGAAGGUGAACACUAUAAUCCUUAGCCAUCCAGAAGAAUCAUUCAGGUUAUACCAGUUCUCUAUUUUCUCUCAUGCAGAUAUACCCUUGUGGAACAUUUCUGAUUUAAUAUUUUUAAGGUUUUUUAAAAUUAUUUGAUGUUAUUGAUUUUGAUGCAAAUAAAAUUUAUAUAUUUUUAAUAUUAACUUCUAUAAGUACGUUUUUGACACAAAUGGACACAUUUUUUAUAAUACCAAUUGGAUAUUAAAACGCAACAACUCGGGAUACAUUUCUUAGCUGUCACAGUUAUAUUUUCUGGCAGCUAUCCCAGUUUUCUGCUCUGGACUAUUAACUAGGGUGUUAGUUUGCUAUACUAACAAGCCCGAUCUUAUUAUUAUUUUUAUUGUUCAUUUUUUCCAUUUUCUACUUUUUUCUUAUGCUAAGACCUUCUUAUAUGAAUGUAAAUCAAAUUCAUAUCAACCUCGUUUAAUCUUGCAAAGGAUAUCUUUGCAAGUUAGAGGUUUUUAUGAUACAUUGUAUUCUCUUUCUUUUUCGGACUAAUUUGGUGCACAAGUCACUAUUUGGACUCCUUGAAUAAUAUUAUUAUCAAGCCAUCCAAUUUCCGUGAUUGUUUGAAUAAUAUAUGUGUUUAUGUCAGUGUUAAUAUAAGCUACUGUUUUGGACAUGUUUUAUACUACUAAUUCAAUUUUAUGUUAAUGGAAAUACUGCACAUUCUGGUUGGCUGUAGUUUAACUAUAUUUACUAAAUUACGUUGAAUCAUAUUUGUUUGCUAGAUUACUGAAUUUCUAUUUUACAGGUGGUCUCUGAAGAAACAAUGUGCUAUGCAGCACUGGACCUCAGCCCCAAAAAUCAAAAGAUGAGCCAAAAGAAUGCUAUGGCAGUAAACACUCAAAGCUGCGAUUUAGACAUAUCAUCUAUGAACAGAGAACACCUUUUAUCUAGAUCCAGCAUUUAUCUCAAUACUGAUCAGCUUAAAGCUGAGAUUAACAAUGAUGACAAUUUGAUACAUGAUGACCCCAUCAGACUUUAUAAUAUGAUAAAGAAAGCAAGACAAAACGUGACUACAGAGGACCAAAGUCAGGCAGACUGAUAUUCUGGGACAUAAUUCUUUGUUUUGAAGGAAUAUACUCUAACAUUAUUCUUGACUGCAAUAACAUAUUUGAAACAUUUGGAUUAAACAAUCAGGAGAUAUUUUUCAGAAACCACUUACUGAAGGUUCAUGAUGGGCAUGCCUUGGCAGGGAACCUCCUAUAUACUAUAGGGUUGUUUAUCUACAAUCAAAGCUUUAUUUAAAAAAAAAUUAAUUAAAAAAAUAAUGGCAUUAUAGGCAUAUCUAAAGGUAAUUUACUCAACAUGAGGUUUGUAUGGGUUGAGAAACAAGGGAAUCUUUACAGUGAUUUUGUUUAUGUUUAAAACCAAAUAAAGAUUUACAUGUGAUUUCCAUUGAUGCAACUAGAGUCCACGGUUGUGGAAAACCAUUUUCUCUGUGAAAUACCAAUAAAGGAGCUCUUUAAUGAAUGAAUUGGUUAUGGUGCCUGGAUUCCGAGGGUGCUAGAUCUGGCAUCAAUACUAAACAGCAUACUCACCACUUAGAAGAGAUUCUUGGUCCAUGGAAAACAAAAGCAUGUUCUCCAGUGAUGAAAUGGUGGAGGUAGAGCUAUGUUCCACUUCACAACAUACCAGGGAUAGUGGUCACUGAUUGGCGGAGAGCACCAGCUGAGCUCUUUCAAUAAAUCACUUCCACAAUACCUGGUAUGAACUGGUAUGGUGCUAAGUUGAAACAUAACUCUACCUCCCUCAUACCGUCAUUAGCAGGUUGGCUUUGGGCUGCCGGGGGAAAGAGUCUUUACUAAACUGUGAGUUAACUGUUAAGCAUUGAUGCAGGACUUGGUGCCUACAGAAUAACAGUUGUAAUAAUAUAUUUUUUUUGUAAAUAUUCACCAGCUGUUUAUAUUUAAAGUUGUACAAUUGUCUUGUAAUGGUUGUAAUGCGGACUGUAAGCUUUGUGAUGUAAUCUCUUACAUAAUCCUGGAAUGUCUCUAAUAUAGAAAUAAAAAUAAAAUCAACUGUGUUGUUUGCUGAUGUCCUUCAACUAUUUUUUGAGAGUACCUUUUAAUAUUCAGUCGUCCAGGGUUAUUCACUAAAG